CAGAUGGAGUAGCCAUGAUAAAAAUUGCGUUUCUUGACCAAAAAAUAUGAAGUGGUUAUUAUAGCUGUUACAUGCCAGGAAAAGAUCCUAUGAGGAAUAUUGUUGAAAGGUGCGGAAAAUAAGGAAUUUUAAAUUUUUUUUACAAAAUUUGUUUCUUUUAACAAAUCAGAAAAAGACAUACUGUAAUUAAAUCUUUAAUUGAAAAAUGGACGAUAAUUACAGAAACAGUUCACAUCUUUACCAAGGUGCUCGGGAUAUGUCAAGAGAAGUAAAGAGACAGACCAGUAACCAAGCAAUGGAUGAUUAUUCUAGGUAUCAGGAUAAUACAUAUGGAAGCUACACAACUAAUGACGGUUACUACAACAGUGGGGAACAUGCCCAUCAAGACGAAGAUGCCCAAAGUGAUGCCACUGAAGGCCAUGAUGAUGAUGAUGAGAUAUAUGAGGGGGAAUAUCAAGGUAUACCCCACCCUGAUGAUAUAAGAGUCCAGCAUAAUGACAAAUCAAUGAAGGAUGCAUUUAAAGACCAAGAGGAUCUUAUUGCGGAAAGAAUGGAGGAUGCAGAACAGUUUGCUUACCAAUAUGAAAACAUCAUACAGGAGUGUGGCCAUGGACGUUUCCAGUGGACUCUCUUCUUUGUUUUAGGACUGGCAUUGAUGGCUGAUGGAGUAGAAGUAUUUGUAGUGGGUUUUGUCCUUCCUAGUGCUGAGAAAGACAUGUGUUUAUCCCGCUCAAACAAAGGAAUGCUGGGUAUGUAGACAAUUCUUUUAUUGCCUGACAAGUGUUUAUAAAAAUAUUUUUACGAAAUCUCUUUGUGCAUGUUCAAUGGUAACUUACUAGUCUGUGAUGCUGGUUUAUAGUUGACAUUCUAAUGUUCAUUUUGCUUUUUAAAAGUCCAGACAUAGCUGUAUUGAACAAUAAUUAUGGAAUAAGUAGCUUCUAUUUUCUGGGAAUGCCCCUCCCCUCCCACCCCCCACAAUUCUCAAUUUGAAAGUAAUGAAAAUAAUUUUGGAGCAAGCAGGGUUAGAUCAUUGAUUGCUCUGGGAAGACCAAGGGUAUCGAUAGAUAUCGCGGGAUUCCCUUUGUCAGCUACGGCUAUAGUUAGUGGACUAGACGGACCAAUGAGCUAUAUGCAGUGCUGCAUAUAUCCCUUCAAAUUAAGUUAAAUUACCACAGUUGAAUGAUCGCGGUGAUAGUCAGCAUGUUCCAGACAUAGAGAGACCUGUAUGAUCUGAAAAGUCCCAAGAGGGUCUCCCUAUUUGCCCCCUUGCUGACAGUAAUUGGUGCUGGGCUGUGCCUGCUGCCCAGCACUAGUCACAUAUUAAUUGACAGCAUACAUGAGCUGCAGCGUGAGAGGGAAAGAGAAAGUGCUCUGUACUGUGUGAGCUCGGAAAUCCCUCUGCUGAUGUCAAUACUGAGUUAAGGUUAGGAUUACCGUUAGUAUUAGGGUACGAUUAGGUGUAGUGUAGGAUUAAGGGUUGGGUUAGCGUGUACAGUUUAUAGGUCAUGUAAGCAUAGGGUUAGGGGUAUUGUUGGGAUAUAUUAUUAUGUUAGUAUAGAUCUUAGAACUAUGAGGCAUUUAACAAUCCAUACUAUUUUCAGUUUUCAGUUCCAGUUUUCAGUUUCAGUUCUUUUUCACCAAAACUGUUACAUUAUUUUUUUUUCCCAAUUUUAACAUAUUAUUUAUACUUGAUGUUACAAGGAAGCAAUUUCUGUUCUUUAAAAAUAAAUAUUUAACAUGUAUGAGUACUCAAAGUGAAAGCCUUAAAUUAUGGUAGAACAAUACAUGGCACAAAUUCUAGGUUUUGUUUUGAUUCAAUUGCUUUCAUCCUUAAAAUGUUAAAUGAUAUGUUUGUGCUUUAAAAAUAUUUUGAUUGAAGUUUUGUUUUACAUCUACUGGAGUGCCAUAUCUGCUGUUCAAUUCAACAUCCACCACACUUACAGGUACGCACACAUAUAGAUACCAACACACUUUAACCUCUACAGUGGGACUUUCUUUUUUAUAAUCUGUCUCUUUUCCAUGUAUGUGCACCAUUAGCAACUUAUGAACCAACACAAAACAUGUUUUUAAUAGAGCUACAUUCAAUAAUUUUUUUAGCCUAUUAUAAUUUCAGUUACUGGGCAAAACAAACUUGUAUUCUUCUGACGUCAUUAUGAUUCUUGGAUAUUGUACAAUUGUAGCUGCAUCCUUAAUUACCAAGACUCCUUUCCAAGGCUUGGAGAAUUUCAGUAGUCCAGAAACACCUGCCAUUCUGCAUGUUGCCCCCACUAUCUUAACUGCCCCUCUCUACUUACUACUAAAAUCAUAAAAUAUAAUAUAAUAUAAUAAUAACAAAGAAAUAUAGAUAUAGCAGACAUAAGUAGAAUGACAUUCCAAUAUAACACAUGACAUUUUAUGUUACUGGAACACUGUCCUUCCAAGGCAAGACCUAUCUUAUUUGUUUCCACUUAAAACCAUUUUCCUUUAUUGCUUUGCAGUAUGCUUAGGCUGAGGACCAAGUACAGUUGAUGCUAGAUGCUUGAUGCAUGAGGAUCACUGUUAGAGUGCUGUUGAAUUCUUAGUUACUUUUAAUGUUAAUUAUGUACAUUUAUAUACUCCUCCUCAACCCUCUCCUCAAGGCACACCUAACAGCCCACGAUUUAGUUUUUUUUUGCAAACACCUUAGACACACCUGGGUAAUCCCUAAAUGGACUGUUAGGUGUUCCUUAGAGGACCACUAUAGGCACCCAGACCACUUCAACUUAAUGAAGUGGUCUGGGUGCCAGGUCCAUCUAGGGUUAACCCUGCCUGCAGAGAAACUGCUAUGUUUAUAAAUGGGUUAAUCCAGCCUCUAGUGGCUGUCUCAAGGAGGAGGAGAGUCCCCAAGAGGGAGGGAGCCCGGCGCUGGAGAAAGGUAAGUGUUUAACCCCCUUCCUCCAACUUCAGCCCGGCAGGAGUGGGACCCUGAGGGUGGGGGCACCCUCAGGGCACUAUAGUGCCAGGAAAACAAGUUUGUUUUCCUGGCACUAUGGUGGUCCUUUAAGGAGAAGGUUGAGGAGAACUGCUCUUCAGCAUGAUUUUGACUUGCUGUACUUAAGGAACCAAAGAUAUAUAUAGCAUGAAUUAAAUAGUUUUUCUAGAUGUAUUAGAUCUAAAAAUUUUUGCUGUACUAUUCCCUUUGCUAGUGAGUUCCCCCCAUGAUUUCUUACUUGCUCAAUAUCAUAUUUUAAUAAAAAUGAUCCCCACUCAAAAUAAUCUUUUAUGUCUUUUGAUUUAUGAUGUAACCUACAUCCAAUAACAAAGAUGAACAGACUUAGAUAUGAAACCAUUUUCAAGCAGAACAAUGAAUGAUUUUAUACUGGAUUUCUUAGAUAAACUUUUUUAUAGAUUGAAAUAAAAUAUUCCUGGCUUUAGAAUGACUGCCUGGUAGUGAAAGUAGUUAAUAACCCGUAGACGUAUGUAUUACUAUAUGGUGAAUUUGUGAUUCUGUAGAGGUAAUUCUCUUGCCUUUAGUAAUCAUAUUUAUCUGUAUACCCUUCCAAGGCUCAAAAACUUCAAUACCAGACAAGAAGAAGUAUCCUUUUAUUAUAAUUAUUAUUGGUGGAUAUAUAGUGCCUACCUAUUCUAUAGCAGUAUAUACGUUUAAAAGGGGGAUUUAACAACAAAUGAGACAAACUGUUAGAAAUGUUAACAGGAACAAGAAGUUAAUGAAGAUCCUGUUCAAAUGAGCUUACAAUCUAGAGAAGGCAAAGUCUAAUAACCAUGAGAGGAAGGACAGCAUGGAAAAUCACAAGAUGAACAUUAAAGUUGGAAUUUGCGAGCGAAGAAGAAAGUGGAGCCACUUACUAUGUUAAGACGAGUAAGAGAUAAAUUUAAGGAAUUACAGCUACUUAAGGAGACCAUAGGUUAGCCAGAAGAGAAGGGUGUUAAGGAAUUUCUUAAUAAGAGAAAAUUCUGAUGGGGAGGCAGGCUGUUUCAUGGGAAUGGAGCUGAGUGUGAGAAAUCUUGUUAGUGAGAGUUAGCAUUUCGGUGCUACUAGAGGACAGCAGAAGGCCAUUGGCAGAGUGGAAUGAUGGAGAAGAGGCUUACCUAUGAUGUAGUGUUCAAAUGAAAUGGGGAAUUUUUACGAGUUUUGUAUGUAAGUGUUAAUAUUUUGAAUUGAAUCCUAAUGUGUACACAAAGCCAAUCUAAUGGUUGUCAGAGGGGUGAUGUGUGAGUGGAGCGAUGAGAGAGAAAAAUAAGCCGGAGUCUGGUGAGUAAAUAAGAGAUUUUUUAAUCUUUUAUAUACCGGAGGGAGGGGGGGAAGAGGCCAAAGGGCACUAGUGUUAGGGAUAUAACAACUUUGUAUUCCUAACACUAUAGAACCCCUUUAAGCCACCCAACAUCAAGUGCAUUUUUGCCUGUAUUUAAAACCAUUUUUAAAUCCAUUUCCAGACAUGUUGGGCAGUCUAAGAUGGAUUUAAACCAAAAAAUGGUUAAGAUAAUCCUGAGGGACAUACCUGAAGCUUUGCCGCUAAAUAAUUUCUGUGAUCUUGGAGUCAGUGUUAGUCCUUUUUUCUUUAAAUAUGUGUAACCCCUCUAAUUGUUUGGAGGUAUGUUACCCCUUGCAAAUUGGUUACAUUACAGAGUUUCAAAACUAUUUUAAUUUUCUACUGUUAGGAAUAAAAUGUAUUUAUUUAUAAAAUAUUUUACCAUGAAAGAUACAUUGAGAUUUCUCUUGUUUUCAAGUAUGUCCUGGGCCCACAAAACAUUGCGUUGAUACAUUAUGGUACAAUAAAAUACAAAAACAAUAUUAAUACACAAUAUUAACAGAUUUUAGCAUAGAACAGGUAGGAAAUAUAUAAUCAACCAUGACAGGUGCAUUCUGUUUUGAGAAUAAAUAGUAUUUAACCAGAUGGCAAUGUUGGAUUUUUUCUGCAGUUAGGUACACCUUAUCAUAAAACAUUGUAAAAACGUUAGUUGCAUCCUGGCAGCUUCUGCUAACAAUGUGUCAAAAUUGGACAAUCUUAGAUUCGAAAGCUGUGCUGGCUGAGUCAGUGGUCUCUGGAGAGUUUCUCUAAUGUGCUUUAAGACCACCUCUGCCUGCUUAUUUCCUUGACAGGGUUACAUACUAAUGGAGAAGGCUAAAAUUAGCACUGGCUCACAAAUUAGAGAGCUUAAAGAAUACAGACUGCUUGGUGCCUUCUGUACACUGUCAGCAUUUCUAAGUGUGAGAUCAGUUUGAGCUCAUCGUUUAAUGAAUCUCAGUGAUGUUCGGUUAGUUUUAUCAAUUUUAAGAGAAAAUAUCAGCAAAUAUUUUAAGAAAAUAACAUUUAAAUAAGAAAUGUUACAUUUGGCAAAAAAGCCUGGAAGUAACUGAACAUGUUUUUAGCUGUUGUUUAGGAUAUUCUGAAAUGGUCUAGUAUCCAGAAGUGAUUUAGAAGUUAUAUUGAGUGCCCACAAGUAUUUUUGUUAUUAUACAACCGAGCUGGAUACUGGUGAUAUAUGCCAAACUACAUACAGUAUCGCACAAAAGUGAGUACACCCCUCACAUUUUUGUAAAUAUUGUAUUAUAUCUUUUCAUGUGACAACACUGAAGAAAUGAUACUCUGCUACAAUAUAAAGUAGUAAGUGUACAUCCUGCAUAACAGUGUAAAUGUGCUGUCCCCUCAAAAUAACUCAACACACAGCCAUUAAUAUCUAAACCGUUGGCAACAAAAGUGAGUAAACCCCUAAGUCAAAAUGUCCAAAUUGGGCCCAAAAUGUCAAUUUUUUGUUCAGAUCCUCAAAGAGUUAUUUGCCAUGAGGUGCAGUGUUGAACGUCCAGUGACCAGUAUAAGAGAGUGUGAGAGCGAUAACCCCAAAUUUAACACACCUGCUCCCCAUUCACACCUGAGACAUUGUAACACUAACAAGUCACAUGACACCAGGGAGGGAAAAUGGCUAAUUGGGCCCAAUUUGGACAUUUCCACUUAGGGGUGCACUCCGUUUUUUUAACAUUAAUUAACGGUUUAAACAUUAAUGGCUGUGUGUUGAGUUAUUUUGAGGGGACAGCAAAUUUACACUGUUAUAUAGGUUGUACACUUACUACUUUACAUUGUAGCAGAGUGUCAUUUCUUCAGUGUUGUCACAUGAAAAGAUAUAAUACAAUAUUUACAAAAAUAUGAGGGGUGUACUCACUUUUGUGAGAUACAGUAUGCCAAACUAAACUUGUGCACGGCAAAAACAUUUAGCUCAGCCCAACCAAUUUUCUCACAACAUUUUUAGUUAGUUUGGCUCAGCAGAAUAUAGACACAGUCCAGUCACAGCCUGCGUAUCACUCCUAGUAGUCCGAAGAAGUUUAAAUUACCCGGUCUGCCAUAUUUUUUAAAAAUAUUUGAAUUUGGCUGUGGAGCCUGUGCAGAGCCAUCUGUAGUUUGGUAACAAUCUUGCAAGCCUGAACAGCAUAUCUGAUACCCAGCCAAAGUUGGCUCUUCUCACUUAUUUACUGUUGCUGCCUGGGUGCUGUGCCUCGCUGUCAGGCUUCUUUCUUCCCCCAGCCCCUUUGUGCAUGUGUUUCUCCCACAAACUCUUUGUGUGUCUCUUUUUCCCCUUCCUCUUCCCUUCUCCUCUGCGUGUGUCUUUCCCCCAGCCCAUUUGUGUGUCUCUUUCUUCCCCAGCCCCUUUCUACAUCUAAUUCUCCCCCAACCUCUUUGUGUGUCUCUCUUUCCCCUCCCCAGCCCCUCUGUGUGUCUCUUUGUCCCCCCAGCGCUCCCUUGUGCUUAUUUGUCCCCCCUGCCCUUCAGUGUGUUUCUUUGUUCCCCCAAUCCCUCUGUGUUUCUCUUUGUGCCCCCAGCCCCUUCGUUUGUGCCUUUGCCCCUCUCAGUCCCUCCGUGUGUCUCUUUGAGCCCUUCUUUUUCCCCUUUCCUUAUUCUGCCCUUCUUUUGUCCUUCUCCCUCCUGUGCCAUUCUCUGCUCCCCUCCCCUUCUGUGACCUUCUUUUGUUGCCCCCCUCCCCUCCUGUGCCCUUCUAUUGUCCACCUGGGCAGAAGGGGCACCUUAGACAUUUGUGCCCACAGGUGCCGACAUGUAAAUCUGGUCCUGGCUGUAGUGAUUAUGGUGCUUAGAAUGUUGUUUUAAUGUUGCCAAAUGGCAAUUUAUCCUUAACACAAUACUAAAAAGUAAACACUUUUAUCUGUAAACUUCAUAUAAAAUCAUCAGCCUUUCAUGAGCCAAUGACAGUCUGGUCUAUAUAUGAUAUCAUUCAGUCCUAUAAAGAAAAAUGAUCACUACUCAACUGUUUGCAAAAGAUGAUAUUUAAAGUUAAAAGAAUGCUCCAACUUUAAAAAAUAUUUUGGGGGUUUUAAUAUUUUAAUAUUUUCUUUACUACAAUCAUCUUGUAAUUCUUUAUUUUCAUUUGGCAGAGUUGACAAGCACAUGAGUGUCGUACAAGGGUAGUACAUGCAUGGGCUUAUGCAAAAGCCACAAUUCAAACAUUUCGUCAGUACAUCAUGAUACAAAAGGGUUGGUAGAGAACGAGAUGUUGUUUGGUGGUGCGUUUAUAGAUUUUUGUAUGCAGUUCUGUUCUGUCAAUUUUUAAUACAAUUAAACAAUUAAACAAUUAAAUAAAGGUAAACAAGUUUGGAUGCAACUGUAAGUAGCAAUGGUACCGCAAAAGGCUCAGUAAUUGAAGAUUAAGAAGAUAAAGAAAAAUGGGAAAAUGUAAUUAUAUUAAAUUAUAAGUAACGUUAGGGAUGAAGUGUGGUGGAGAGGCUCCAUCUGUUGGAGUCUUUACUACAAUCAUCUUUACAUAAAAAGUAUUUUAAGUCAUCUUUUUAUUCAGUGACGAGACCUUUUUUGCCGUUGCUCCUAGGGAGACCGUCAUUAAAGCCAGUCUUUCCUUUCUCUUCAGACGAAAUUGGUGCAUGUGUGGCAAUUGCCCCCUAUAUGCCAAGCAAAUGCAGCAAUCAUCACAAUAGCCUGAUAGAAUACUGACCAAUUCUUCACUUUGGAGUCUCUCACGAUCAUUCAGCCAAAGUGAAUUAGGAAGCCCUCCUCUCUGUCAGCCUGACUGCAUGGGGAUUUUCCUAAAUUAAUUAAUAAAAGUGCUAACUUCUCUUGAUACCAGCACUUUUAUGAACUAGUACAGGGCAGAAGUCCUAUUAAUCCUUAGAGCACUUCAGAAGGGAAACUCUUUUCAGUGUAUUGUCCAUUAAAGUCACUUUAGAGGUCUGGAGUGUUCCUUUUAGCUUUUGAAAAAGAAAAUCUAAAUAUUUUUUUAUCCACAUAGAAUUCCUGGCAAUUUUAGUAGUAAACUGACCCAUACUGUGCAGUAUGUGGGGGUUGCUAUUAGUGUUUAUGGAUUAGUGUUCACGGGGAUAUAUAGUUCUAGGGCAGGGCUAUGCAACCCCUUUACCAGUGCUGUGCCAAAACAAGAUCUUGAAGUGCUUAGUGUACCGGUCUAUUUUUUUUAAAUUGAGUUUUGCAUGUUGCCAUAUUGUGCUUGUGUUAUUUAUGGGUGCUGCAGUUGCUUUGUAACAUUGUAUUUGUGUGUAUGUGGGCUGUUAUAUUGUAUAUGUUCAUGAGUAGUUUGUGGUAUUGUGUAUGAAUGGGGCUGCUUGUGGAAUUUUGUGUCUAAAUGAUAUGUCACAUUGUAUGUUUGGUGUGUAUACCCUAUUCCAAAUUAUUAUGCAAAUGAAAUUUUUCUCAUUUACCUAAAUAAUUUAUGUAAAUAACAGUCAGCAUUAUUCUCGUGUUAUCAAGAGUACAAUUCAUAUUUUAUUGAACAAACCUCCUAAUGAUAACAGUAUUUUUUUAAAACAUAAAAAACACACGUGCCAUAAAUAGCAGACUCCUGUUCUAGGGAAUUAAUUUGUAUAGAAUGGUUAGAAUGGGUUAUUUUAAAAGCGACUCAAUGUCUGAGCAUUGUUUCCGCACCUUAGUGGAGCAUGCAAAAGGUUGAUAAGCAAUUUGAUAAGCAGUGAAUUGUCUUUAAGGCUGGAGGGUUAAAUUAAGUGACAAAUGACUUAAGGAAACUGAGAAAUUGCAUUGUGCUAGGAUAUCAUUUUUAAUGCUGCAAUGUGCAAACUAUUGACAUUUUGCUGACAACAAAUUUUGAGGAUUGGGAUAUGGGAAUUAUUAUUUAAUGUGAUUUAGAGGUGUGAAGGAUAAAAUAGAAAUUAAACCUUUAACUUUUGUGGCAUGAGGUAUAAGCAAUAGUGAUGUCCCGAACGGUUCGCCGAAUGGUUCGCGAAUGGUUCGCGAACGGUUCACCGUGGACUCAUCAUUGAGUAAACUUUGACCCUGUACCUCACAGUCAGCAGACCCAUUCCAGCCAAUCAGCAGCAGACCCUCCCUCCCAGUCCCUCCCACCUCCUGGACAGCUCACUAAGAAUGCAGCUUCAAAAUGGAUGCUGUCCAGGAGGUGGGAGAGUCUGGGAGGGAGGGUCUGCUGCUGAUUGGCUGGAAUGUGUCUGCUGACUGUGAGGUACAGGGUCAAAGUUUACUCAAUGAUGAGUCCGUGGCGAACCGUUCGUGACGAACCGUUCGCGAACCGUUCGUGACGAACCGUUCACGAACCGUUCAUGACGAACCGUUCACGAACCGUUCGCGAACCGUUCGCGAACCGUUCGGGACAUCACUAAUAAGCAACCAUGAUAUAGAGAGGGAAAGAUACAGUAUACCAUGGAUAGAUUGUACCAAAGUGAGUUGCCCUAAUUCUUUACAGCCUCUAUUAAAUGACCAAGAGGCAGAGGCUUGCCUAGGAUAUUUAACACCAAGGAUGGAAUUAUUUGUCCAUGCUCCCCUCCCCCAACAAUAAAAUAUUUUGUUGAAAUACCCCUUGUGUCUCUCCUUACCCCCGCAAACCUUUAUGCAUCUCUUCAUCCCCUCACCCCUUUUGUGUCUCUCUUUAACUCCAUCACACCUUUGUAUGUCUUUCAACUCCCCAAUUACUUCAUGUGCAUGUCACUACUUUCCUUACCCUAUUUUGUGUCUGUCUUACCUCUCAUCCUUUUGUGUGUUUCUGCUGUGUCCUCCCAGACAUAGCAGAGACAGCAGGUCAAUGGCAGAGGGUCUUCAUGCUCCUCAGCUGAUUCAGUGAAGAGUGCUCUAGACUCCAAGCAUGCAAAGUGAAUGGAUAGUGGUUUUCAAUACCACUCAGAGUCUCAAGAAGUUCCAGCAGACUGGGCAAUGGAACAUAAAGACCCUCUCCAUGCAACAAAGAGUGACAGGGAGAACGGGAUCUCUGGAGACGGAUACCUCCACUACCCAUUUAUACACUUCUGCCACAGAACUUCCAAUCAUCAUGUCCUAAAUGCCUACCGUUCCAGGAACCAUGUGGCCAGGUGUGCUUAAGCCUCUAACAACCAAUUUGUGCUAUAACCCCUCCUUCUUAAAAUGAAUUCCUGUAAUACUAAUUCCAUUGCAUUCUAACUGACUCCAGUGCAGGGGUGCAGACACAAACACAAUACAAGAGACACACUCUUACAGAAUCAUCAUGUAUCCUGACUUGUCUGAUGACUGGUUGGCUGACUACCUUGCUCAUUAAAUAACCAAUAAUGAAACAUACAUUGUAAAGAACACAUGUUAUUACUGAACCUAUAUGGCCUUGCUUUCCCUACAUCCGAACUUCCAGCUUUUCUGCCUUGCUGGUGAGGGAUCAUGUGUUCUUAUGUAUACCAGGGCCUAAAAUGUCAAGUCGGACGCUACUAACCAAGCUUUCAAACUUAAUUUCCACUACAAGCCUAGAGGUGCAUGAUACACUCACUAGAGGUAGCUUUCUACUUGUUAGGGCUACAUUUUAACUUGCCAAUAACAAGUGAUUUGUGAAACCUUUGAGUACUGUGUAUAUGUUGCACAGAGUCCCUUCAUGCAGGGUUCUCUAUGCAAGGCUGACACAGUACAUAGAUUGAGACAGCACUUACCCACAGGGUGCACGGAUCAUGACUUUGUGUAAAAAGGAAAAAAAAAAAAAUUCCAUCAUGUCCUUACCAGUCCACUGCCCUUUUAAUAAAGUGUUAUAAUUGUACAUGGCAAUGUUUUAACAUCUGAAGCCAGACAUUUUUAUUUUAGUGGUCACAUUAAUCUCUUAGCAACAGGUUAGACACUUGUAUAAAGUGAAAAUAGGUCAACUCUCAAUGCAGAGAGGUCAUAUGAAGGGGAAAAUAAUGUAUGCCUAAUGCACAUUUCCCAUUAUAGAGCCUCUUAUAGUAAGGGUAUGUCUUAAAUAAUACAAUUGUUAGCCUCCUCAGCCAAAUAGAUUUGCCUGAAUUUCAAGACAAUUCAUUCACUUCCAAAGUUGCAACUUGUUUUUCUCUUUCUCUUUUGCCAGAAUCUAAAAUGUAUACUACAAGUGAGUCUUCCUUUGGAUAGUUUUAAUGAUGGUAUCGCACGGAUUCUCGAUGUAACAAACAAUGUUGAUAAUGUUGAUAAAAUAACUGCAGAGCAUGUAACAUCCUUUCACUUCUGAUUUUAUCAGGAUUGAUAGUCUACGUUGGGAUGAUGCUUGGUGCAUUUGUAUGGGGUGGACUUGCAGAUAAACUGGGAAGGAAGAAAUGUCUCAUGAUCUCACUUGCCAUCAAUGCUGCGUUUUCAUCCAUCUCCUCCUUUGUACAGGGAUAUGGACUGUUUCUCUUUUGCCGCCUUAUAUCUGGGUUUGGGUAAGUAUACUACUUCUAAAAUACAAUACAUAUCUAUGGCCUGCAUAUCAGUACACAGUAUGCAAUCAAUGUAUAUUAAUAGGUAUAUGAAUUACAUUUGAUAUAUAUUUUAUUAAAAUAUGGUUGGAUGGUAGCAAUCUGUUCUUUGAGUCAGAACCCAGGAAUGACCCAAAUACUUAGAAGAUGGCUACUUUACUCUUGUGAUUAUCAUUGGACGAUAGUUCAAAGAAUUUACCUAUGAUGUAUGGUUCUCUAACCUCUACACCGCCAUCUUAAAUGUAUUCUAAGUCUUAUAGGUCUUACAGGUAUUUGGAUGGUUCCAGAUUUUUUACCCAUCCUGCAUACAGUGUUCUAGAAGAGUACUGAUAUCAGUUUAUUAUUAUUAUAUUUUAUUUAUAAAGCACCAUCACAUUCUGCAGGGCUAUCCAUGAUUAUAAUUGGUACAAGUAAACACACAGUAAACACACAGUAUAAUAUAGCUAAGAGACAAUACAAAAGUGGACCAUUGAAUGCAGAAGGAGAUGAGGACCCUAUACCUGUGGGAACUUACAAUCUAGAUGGAUGGGGAGGUGAGAAACAGGAAGUGGGGACUGCAAGGAUGAGAAUGGUGUUAAUGCAGAGUGACAUGAGGGCAUUUAUUUGGUAAAUGGAAUACAUUAAUUAUGGAGUGGUAGAUGUCCCUGAACAAUAAUGUAUUUAGGAAGCAUUUAAAGGAAGAAAGACUAGAGGAAAGUCUGAAAGCGCAGGGAGGUGCGUUUCAGAGGGUUUGUGCUUCACAAGAGAGAUCCUGCAGUCUAGCAAUGGAAGAGGCGAUAAGAGAUGCAAGGAGAGGUCAUUGUUGGAUCUUAGGGGGCAGGCUGGAGUAUAUUUGUUUAUUAGUGAGGACAGGUAGUGGGUAUUAGCGUUAGUAAGGGCAUUAUAUAUCAGAGUAAGAAGCUUGAAUUUAAUUAUGCUUUGAAUGGGGAGCCAGUGUGGAUGAGACUCACAGAGAGGUACAGCAGAUACAGGGCGAUGGGUAAGGUGGAUUAGCCUUGAAGAGGCAUUUAAUAUGAACUGAAGAGCAGAGAGAGUAAAGACAGUUAGUAGGUUAUUGCACUAGUAGAGAGAAGAAAUAACAAGGGAGUGGAUGAGUUGGUAUCAGUACUCAGAAAUGGUUUAAUUUUGGAAAUAUUGUGUGGGUGGUUGAGGUAGGAUGAAGAAACCGACUGAAUGUGAGGGUGAGGAAAAGAUUGGAGUGAAGUGUAACUCCAAGGCAACGGAUUUGGGGUGAUGGGGAGAUGAUAAUGCCGAGAGAUAUAAAAGUGAGAAAUUGUAGUAGAGGAGAGAAUUAAAAGAAGCCUAGUUUAGGUGGCAGGAGUACAUCCAGGAAAAAAGUGCCAGAUAAGCAGUCCUUGAUGUGAGAAAGGACAGAGGGAGAAAGCCAUUGCUGUUGAUAGGUUUACCUGGUAAUGAGUUAUAAAUGGAGAAGAGUUACCAGCAAAUAACACAGAACAUUACCUGCUGGAAAGAUAAGAGUGGAUGCAAGAGCUCAGCGUCACAGAAACCAAGUGAGCUGAGAGUCUGUAGAAGGACGGGAUGGUCAAAACUUUAUGUUUGCCAUUUGUUUCUAUUUUAUUUUGUCAGGAAGUUACUUAUAUCAAAACAUCACUGACCCAUUUUAGUGCAAUGUCAUUGUGACAUAUUAACCUAUUUACCAUGGGGGUCUCCACAUGUCCCAGGUUAGUGUAUAACAUCAAAAUUAGUAUUUAAACAUAUAAAACUUUCACAAGACUCAUAUGUUUUCACCCAGUCUAGACUUUUUUUUGUUAGUUUUGGAUGACAUUAUAUUUGUUACAUUUUCCAAUUUUUCUUCCAGUAUUGGCGGAUCCCUUCCCAUCGUGUUUGCUUAUUUCUCAGAAUUUUUAGCUCGUGAGAAGAGAGGCGAACAUUUGAGUUGGCUUUGCAUGUUUUGGAUGAUUGGGGCAAUAUAUGCAUCAGCAAUGGCCUGGGGCAUCAUUCCACACUAUGGUAAGACACCUCUCUACUACUGAAGAAUAACAUUAGUGUUAGGUUAGGUAAAGAUGUGAUUCUCUAUGUCCUACAUGUAUGGAAAAUUGAUACAACUUUUUUUUUUAAAUUCACUUGUACUUCUUCUUUUCCUGUAUUUAUAUUGAUUGAAAAUAAUAUAUUUUUACAAAAAUCUUUUUAAGUUAUACAGAUAGUAAACAUUUGUGCCCUUUUGUAACCAUACAUAACUGUAUAUAAGGAAACAUGAUGGCCUCAGUUUAAAAAGCGUUCUACAUGAUUCAAUAACCUUGGUAAAACUUUUCAAAUUCUUUAUCGACAGAUAUCACUAUUAACGUUUAUGCAGAUAUUUGUAGAUAAAUCAUUUGGAUUAUUUUUCUAACAGUAUUGUUUUAUUUGGAAAUCUUAUUAAAUUGAGGGCUGUUAGUUAUGCAUUACUUUUUUUUUUAAUUUUCACUUCAAUGGAAUGAUAAAGCUUAUAUCAAUAUGUUAAGAUCAUUGGAAAGAGAUCUAUUUGGCAUUGCUGACAUUACUUUACGCAACAUAUUUAAAAUAGAAUUCAUGUAAGUUAGUGAUAUUUUCCUAAAGCCCUAACUCUAAGGAAUUAUUAUUUGCAAGUUUAAAUAAAACGAAGGGUCAAGCAUCCCCAUUCGAAAUCACCUUAUUUAACAUGACUGUUAAACUGUAGAACUAUCUCAUGGUCUGAGGAAAGAAAAAGCCAUAAUGUCAUGUAAUUAUUGAAAUAACAUUUCAUAAACUGAUCUCUCCCUACAACUUCUACACUUCUACAACGUGUCACUGCUUGCUUUUCUUCAACCUCUGACUGGAUGUCCUCCUGCUUUCUGAAACACAAUCUCUCUAAAACAGAGCUACUUAUUUUUCCUCCUCGUAAUUCUGAUCCUCCUCUUUUGCUUUACUUGCAAGUUGAUGUUACCUGCUUCGGUCUAUCCUUCCAGCCUCACUGUCUUGGUGUUAUCUUUGAUCCUGGCCUCACCUUUGUGCCUCAUAUCCAGCAUGUUGCUAAAACCUAUUGAUUCCACCUUAAAAACAUUGCCUGGAUCCGCCCCUUUAUACGGAAGAUGCUGCCACGGAACUUGUUCAUGCUCUAGUAAUUUGUCAUAUGGAUUACUGUAAUUCUCUCCUAACUGGUCUUCCCAGGAGCCGCACUGUCUCACAACAGUCUGUAAUGAAUGCUGCCUGUACAAUUAUAUAGUGAGCGCUCAACUUUUAUAUAGGUAAAAGUGUGCUAAAAAAGGAUGUUGGGUGCUUCAUGGGAAAAAUCUGUUCCCCCACCAGAUGCAUGGACGCAAAAAAGAAUAAUGACCCAAAGUACACCAGUAAGUGUGCAAAUAAAAUCGAAUUAUUCAUCCAGUGAUUCAAUAAAAGUAGUACAAGAAAAGUGCAAACAGCACUAUAGGCAUGUACAAACCCAUAUAAAGCAUAUCAAGUAGACAGAUAUGGAUAGUAGAGAUGGAUAUGGGCGAUAACUACAUUGAACAUUAUGCACGCGUCACACGCCACGCAUGCGUGAGGACAUGCGAAUCUGGAAGUAGUUCACAUGCGAACCCGGAAGUAGUUUCACACAAGAGGAUACCCUAUUGGCUUGAUACUUAGUGUCCUGCAUGCUUCUGGUAACGAUCAGGCUACUAAUUUACUUGGUAUAUAAAUGAGAACAUAGACUGAAGUCUUUGAGAUCCCCCUUGAGGAAGGCUAGAUGCUGAAACGUUGGGGUUGCUGUAUCUCCUGCUCUGGGUUAGCAUGCCUACAAUAUUAUGAGUUGGUGGGAUUUAUAACUAAGCACUUGUCUCUAUACUUGAUAUGCUUUAUAUGGGUUUGUGACUUAUUGUUUACAUGCCUAUACUUCUGUUUGCACUUUUCUUGUACUACUUUUAUUAAAUUACUGGAUGAAUAAAUCUAUUUUAUAUGCAAACUUACUGGUGUGCUUUGGGUCAUUAUUCUUUUUUUGUGUAAUGAAUGCUGCCGCCAGGCUGAUCUUUCUAUCCCGUCGCUCCUUCCAUACCUCGCCCCUUUGUCAAUCCUUAAACUCGCUUCCUGUAUCAGAUAGGUGUCAAUUCAAAAUACUAACCCUUGCCUAUAUAGCUUUAAACAACUCUAGCCUCUUUUUCAUUUCUUCACUGAUUCAUAGGUAUGCCCCCUCUAGGGCUCUCCGCUAUUCCGGUGACCUUUUCCUGCCUGCUCCUCACACCCUCACUGCUAACUCACGCUUGCAGCACUUUCCACGGACGGCUCCUUUACUUUGGAACAGCCUGCUUAGCCCCAUCAGACUCUUACAUACUCUUCAAUCGUUUAAUUGUAUUAAUCUUUUUCGUCACACCUUCUAUGUUUUAAAAAAACAAACUGAUAUUCAUGUUUUUAUGUUAAUAUUUAAAUUACAGACUGACUAUUGCAAAAUUAAUUCAAUAUCUAAAUCCCUUUACCACCACUGCAUUUUGUAGUAGAUGAAUGAACUGUCAAAUAAAAGUAUAUGUAGCUACAUUUUGUAAGUCAUUCAAAUUCAUUUUUUAUGUGUGUAUAUCCUUUUUUUUGUAUAAAUGAAGUAAACCGAGUAGUGAAUGGCUUAAUGUCAGCAGACAUUGCCAUUGAUGAGAUUGAGAUUCAUACUAGACUUGUGCAAAAUUAGUCUGGAUAAACUUCAUUUUCAUUAAUACCCAAACAAAUCGAUUCCGAAUCGAUGUCACGUGUAGACUCCACAGGUAGGACUGCAAGUAAAUAAAUAUUCGGAAAUGAUUUGUUUGACAAUUACCAGUGAAUGUUUGCACAAGUCUAAAUCCUACUGUAUACAGUCACUUGCUUUCCUACUUAUUUUUGAUAUAUGAAUGAAAAAUACAUUAAAAAAAAACUGGUUUGUGAUAAAAUCCCAUAGACUAUAUAUCAAUUUAUCUGAUUACACAAGUAACAAAUUCAGAUGAAAGAAGAAUCAUGUAAGAAAAUGACCCCAAAUCCUUGAAACUGUGACAGAUGGCUUCUAAAGCUCUAAAACCUUUGCUCCCUAUUUUAAGUUUUGCUUUUGAAUUUACUGCCACCAGAAUUGCUAAAUAUAAAACAACAUUUACAAUGUGCUAGGAAAGUACAGAGACAGUACAAAUAAUUAUUUUAGAUGCCAGCCUAACGGGUGCCCUCACCAACAGCAACCAUCACUUCAUAAAGCAAUCUUCAAAACAAGUUAGCUUAUCAGACACUAUCCCAGUUACUGAAAUAUGACCCAAUAAAACAGUAGGAAGGUACUGCCAAGCAGAGAAAUUAAGUCCCAAAAGAAAUCAAUGUGAAGUAUAAAGUCUUUUCAGCUGCUAAAGCAGUGAAAAUGUAUCUGUCCAAUAACUAAAAUUGGUAUAUCUAAUUUUGAAGGUGUAUAGUUUAUUUUUUUCAGCUUCAGAGCCGGUGGAAGGAUUGUUACCCAUACAGGGGAAGAUAGAUUUUGCAGCCUCCCUCAUCACCCUUUACACUCAAGAGCAUGUUACUGUAACGUGAAUAUACCCCAACACGCAGGAUUCAGCUAAACAGAAGACAACACAGAGGAGAGAUACGUCUACCGGACCUUAGAAUGGCCGGACUCGACGUAUAUGAGAGGAGGCAGAGUCAGGAACGAUCCGAAGUCAAGGGCACAGAGAGACAGCGUAAACUAGGACAAGCCGGGGUCUGGUACACAGUAAACAGCAAGCCGACAACCAGAACAGAUAAGGAUAAAGAGAAAACGUAGUCAGAAACAAAGCCAAAGUCAAAACGGAGAAACACAACUGAACACAACAAGCGCUAAAGGGAACUGAUACAGAAACCACGAUAGGGCAGGGAGUAAAGGGAGAGGUAAGUAUAUAUAGCUUCUAAACUAAUGUGAUUGGCUCCUGUCAUAUCCACACCCCCAAAAGGUAAGUGUAUGGGGAGUGUGGCAUGACAGGGGCCAAUGGGAGCCUUUUAACAAUUUAGGCUCCCACUGUCUCUUUAAGAGCGCGCCCGAGACUCGCGGCGCGCUCUUAGAUUCAGGCGGGACACGUGACCGCUUCUCGCGGUCACUGCCCGCCUUUCUAGUGAAGCUGUCGGAUGAGCCGCGCGCGGCUCGUGCAGCAGCAGGACCGCGCGCGGCUCGAAGAGAGGACCGCGGCCGGCCCCUGGAUAAGGUGAGUAACGCUACAGUACCCCCCCCUGAGGACACGCCCUCCGGGCAGGUAGGGCCAGGCCUGGCAGGAAAACGAGAAUGGUAAGAACGCACAAGGCGGGGAGCGUGAACAGCAUCAGCUGAAAUCCAACUGCGCUCCUCAGGCCCAUAACCCUUCCAAUGCACCAAGUACUGAAGUCGACCCCUAAGGUAACGAGAGUCAAGAUCAGCAGAGACUUCGAAUUCCUCAUGACCCUCCACGGAGACAGGAGGGGGAGGCGGAGAAUGCCGGGUAUAACGGUUGCGUACGUAAGGCUUCAACAACGAGGUGUGAAAUACAUUAGGAAUACACAGAUUCCUAGGAAGACCCAAGGCGUAUGAAACAGGAUUAACCUUAUGCAGUAUACGAUAAGGACCUAUGAAGUGGGGAGCCAAUUUCAUAGAAGGCACCCGCAGGCGAAUAUUCCACGUGGAAAGCAAAACCCUGUCCCCCACAACAUAAGUAGGAGCCGCCCUGCAAUGCUUGUCAGCCUGAGCCUUCUGGCGAGCAGCGGAAUCCACCAAAGAACGCUGAACCUGCUCCCAAGUAUUACGCAAACCAGCCAAAUGCUCAUCCAGAACUGGCAUGCCCUGUGAGGAGAAUGCAGCCGGAAGAACAACGGGAUGCUGGCCAUAGACAACGUAAAAAGGGCCUUUGCCAGAAGAAUCAUGAGUGGCAUUAUUCCGAGCAAACUCAGCCCAAGGAAGUAGAUCAGACCAAUUGUCCUGAUGGUAAGACACAAAACAACGAAGGUACUGCUCCAGAGACUGGUUGGCACGUUCAGCAGCUCCAUUAGACUGGGGAUGGUAAGCGGAAGAAAAUGAGAGAGAAAUACCCAUUUCUGAGCAAAAGGCUUUCCAGAACCUGGAAAUAAAUUGGCUACCCCUAUCGGACACGAUAGAUACAGGAAUACCAUGUAACCGAAAUACUUUUCUAGCGAAGAUAAGAGCCAGUUCCUUGGAUGUGGGCAACUUGCGAAGAGACACAAAGUGAGCCAUCUUGGAAAACCGAUCUACUAUCAUCAGGAUGACUGUGUUACCAUUCGAAGGGGGUAAUUCAACAAUAAAAUCCAUGGAUAGGUUAGACCAAGGUCUCUCGGGAACUGGUAAGGGAUUGUAAAAUGUAAUUUUGUAAUGGAACGGAAUGGUGAUAAUGUUGAUAAUUGUAUAUAUAUUCUUGGGCCAAAUGCUCGCCACAAUAAUAUAUGUCUAUAUUAUUGAAAAGUAGUAAUACGCAAUCCGACUUACGGUUUCUUCAGGUUUAUUCUUUGUUACGGAUACAUAAUAAAACAUAAUAAAGGAUGUUACAGGAUAGUGUACAUUCAACAGCAGAUGGUAAUUGCUGGACUUCUGAUGGGAGAGUUACAUCGUUGUACAGAGCCAAGAGCCAAGCCAAGACAGAGAGCGACCUCGUGUCCCUCUGUUACUAUAUAGAUGUGCUAAUACUAACGUCAGCGUUUACCUCUAGCCAUAUAAGGACAAGACCCCCGAAUCCACAUUCCAGAGCUCUCGGACAAAGAAAGCCUUGUGACUUAUUGAUACCAUCUGUUACUUAUGUCAAUCCACACAUCCAUAUAUAUAAUCAAUAGAAACAUAGAAUAUGCAAUAUUCUACAGGGAUGCAGAAGCCCACAAGGAACUCUACGAGACGUUUUCAUACAUGCACAAGUAGUACAAGCACUUUUAUAGUCAGUGACAUCCUUGCGUAAGGAACCCCACCAAAAAUAUCGAGAAACUGCUGACAUCGUUUUGGUAAUACCAGGAUGUCCAGCAGUCUUAGUAUCAUGAUAUAAUGACAGAAUCUCCCGUCUCUCGGGAACAUCAACAAACAAUUUAUCAAUAGGCCUCUACUAGGUGCCAUACUUUGUUUUGCCUGUAUGGUCUGCAAGAGGGAUGAAGAAAUAGACAACAUAGUAGUGGCUAUUAUCCUGUCUGGGGGAAUGACAGGAGUAACAUCAACCUCCUGUUUGUCAGUAGUUUCGAACUGUCUAGACAGAGCAUCUGCUUUAAAGGACCACUAUAGUGCCAGGAAAACAUACUCAUUUUCCUGGCACUAUAGUGCCCUGAGGGUGCCCCCACCCUCAGGGAUCCCCUCCCGCCCGGCUCUGGAAAACUUACCUUUUUCCAGCGCUGGGCGGGGAGCUCUCCUCCUCCGAUCCUCCUCUUCUCCUCCCAUGCGGCUGAAUGCGCACGCGUGGCAAGAGCUGCGCGCGCAUUCAGCCGGUCGCAUAGGAAAGCAUUUACAAUGCUUUCCUAUGGACGCUGGCGUGCUCUCACUAUGAAAAUCACAGUGAGAAGCACGCAAGCGCCUCUAGUGGCUGUCAAUGAGACAGCCACUAGAGGAUUAGAGGGAAGGCUUAACCCAUUGAUAAACAUAGCAGUUUCUCUGAAACUGCUAUGUUUAUUAAAAAAUGGAUUAACCCUAGAAGGACCAGGCACCCAGACCACUUCAUUAAGCUGAAGUGGUCUGGGUGCCUAGAGUGAUCCUUUAAUGUUGCGAUCACCUGGCCUAUAGGUGAUAAUAUAAUUGAAACGGGACAAAAAUAGUGACCAUCUAGCCUGCCUAGAAGAUAAUCUUUUAGCUUCACCAAGGUAGGAUAGAUUCUUGUGAUCUGUAAAAAUGAGGAUAGGAUCCUUAGUUCCUUCUAACAGAUGUCUCCAUUCUUUAAGAGCUAAGAUAAUAGCAAGGAGUUCACGAUUACCCACAUCAUAAUUCCUUUCAGCUUUUGACAUUUGUUUAGAAAAGAAGCCACAAGGAUGCAAUGGCUUUUCAGGCGAUUCUCUUUGGGACAAAACAGCACCUACCCCGAUUUCAGAAGCAUCAACUUCAAGAAUAUAAGGCAGUGAGGGGAUAGGGUGCUGUAAAAUAGGUGCAGAGGCGAAUGUAGUUUUAAGAAAGUCGAAAGCCUGAAGUGCCUCGGGAGACCAGACACGAGUAUUACCACCCUUUUUUGUCAUACGGGUGAUAGGUGCUACAAUAGAAGAAAAACCCUUAAUAAAGCGUCUAUAAUAGUUAGAGAAACCAAGAAAACGUUGAAUUGCUUUCAAACCCUGUGGUAGAGGCCACUCUAUGACAGCAGAAAGCUUCUGGGGAUCCAUACAAAACCCUUUGGCGGAAAUCAAAUACCCCAAGAACUGGACUUCGGAUUGGUCAAAUAAACAUUUUUCUAGUUUACAAUAAAGACCAUUAUUAAGAAGGGUCUUCAAGACCGUUGUGACAUGUCUGUGAUGAGUGUGUAAAUCUGUAGAAUAUAUCAAUAUGUCGUCCAAGUAUACAAUUACAAAUGUGUGAAUAAAGUCUCUUAGGACGUCAUUAAUAAAUUCCUGAAAUACUGCUGGGGCAUUGCAAAGACCAAAUGGCAUAACAGUAUACUCGUAAUGACCGGAUCUAGUGUUGAAUGCAGUCUUCCAUUCGUGACCUUCCUUUAUGCGUAUUAAAUUGUAUGCACCUCUAAGGUCCAAUUUGGUGAACACAGUAGCAUGUUUCAGCCUGUCAAAUAACUCUGUAAUUAAAGGUAUAGGGUAUGCAUUUUUGAUAGUGAUUUUGUUUAGACCUCUAUAAUCGAUGCACGGUCUUAAAUCACCCUCUUUCUUAGAUACGAAGAAAAACCCUGCUCCAGCCGGAGAAGAGGAUCUCCUAAUGAACCCCUUUUCUAGUGAUUCUUUAACAUACUCCUCCAUGAUACGGUUUUCUUGAAUAGAUAAAGGGUACACCCUGCCCUUAGGAGGUAUAGUGCCAGGCAAUAAAUCGAUAGCACAAUCAUAGGAUCUGUGAGGUGGUAAUUUAUAAGCUUCCCUUUUAUCGAAUACAGUCUUGAGAAACAAGUAUUGAGGAGCUAUAACAGUAGACAAAGGAGGAGUAGUAGGAACAUUAAUGGUAUUUAGAGGGGUGACUUUAAUCAUACAAGAUCAUACAAGUCGUGGCAGGUUUUACCCCAUGAUUUUAAUUGUCCCAAUUCCCAGUCAAAAAUGGAAUUGUGAGAACAUAACCAUGGGUACCCUAACACGAUAUGAGAAGAGGGAGAGGUGAUAACCUGAAACUGAAUGGUCUCAAGGUGUAAAACCCCUGUGUACAUGAAUAAUGGUACAGUUUCAUGGGUAACGACUGGAGUAUUUAAAGGUAUACCAUCUAUGGCCCCAAUGGCCAAGGGUAUCUCCCUUUCUCUGACGGGAAUGUUAUUUUUCGUAACAAACUCAGAGUCAAUGAAGUUCUCAGCAGCCCCGGAAUCAACCAAGGCUAGUAUGCUUUCAGCUAUACAACUCUCUCCCGUAUGAAGGGAAACAGGGAGAAGCAAACGGUUAGGAGGCAAUUUAGGAGACUUAGAUAUCACACCCAAGGCCAGUCCCCUAUAAGGUCUUAGGUGCAAGAGUUUUCCGGAAGCAAAGGACAUUCCUUUACCAUAUGGUCUCGCCUACCACAGUAUAGGCAGAGUCCGUUCCUUGUUCUAAGUAGUUUUUCAGUAUCCGAGAGUUUGGCAACCCCUAAUUGCAUGGGUUCCUCCUCGGAUACUUUAACACUCUCAGGUUUAUCAACUCUGGGGUUAGUAGAUGUGACCAGACGUCUAUUCCUGUUCUUGGUAUAGAGCCUGUCACGAAUCCUAUUAUCUAUAUCAAUGAGGUAGUCAAUAAGGUCCUCUAAUGGAAUAGGAAGCUCCCUUGCCGCUACCUCAUCUAAUAUAGUGUCAGAUAAACCUUCCAUGAACGCAGUAGUUAACCCAUUAUUGGUCCAAUCUACCUGUGAAGCAAGGGUACGAAACUGAAUAGCAUAAUCAGCCACAGACCUAGACCCCUGUUUAAUUCUCAUUAAUGCUCUUGCGGCAUUCUUUGACCUUUUUGUUGUGUCAAAAGUUCUACGAAAAGCCGUAAGAAAGCUAUUGAAAUUAUGCACCAUAGGUCCAUUGGCCUCCCAAAUAGGAUUUGCCCACUCAAGUGCUUUGUCAGUAAGUUGAUGCAACAAAAACCCCACUUUAGACCUAUCAGUGAGAAAGGAAUGAGGAUACAUCUCAAGGUGGAAUUCUAUUUGAUUAAUAAAACCUCUGCAUGUCUUGGCUUCCCCUCCAUACCUAGGAGGAGGUGUUAAAUGGGGCGAAGUAUUGGGUGAAUUGGAUACUUCGGGAGGAUGAGGUGUAGGAGGGUUAGGUGCGGUUGCAGGAAUAGUUCUAGACAAGAGCGUCUGGAGAGCUUGUGCUAUCUGAUCCAUACGGUGAUCCUGUUCUACAAACCUUGCCUCGUGAGAAGCCAUUUGCUGAGCCAAAUCUGCGGGGUCCACGGCCCUAUCGUAAUGUAACGUGAAUAUACCCCAACACGCAGGAUUCAGCUAAACAGAAGACAACACAGAGGAGAGAUACGUCUACCGGACCUUAGAAUGGCCGGACUCGACGUAUAUGAGAGGAGGCAGAGUCAGGAACGAUCCGAAGUCAAGGGCACAGAGAGACAGCGUAAACUAGGACAAGCCGGGGUCUGGUACACAGUAAACAGCAAGCCGACAACCAGAACAGAUAAGGAUAAAGAGAAAACGUAGUCAGAAACAAAGCCAAAGUCAAAACGGAGAAACACAACUGAACACAACAAGCGCUAAAGGGAACUGAUACAGAAACCACGAUAGGGCAGGGAGUAAAGGGAGAGGUAAGUAUAUAGAGCUUCUAAACUAAUGUGAUUGGCUCCUGUCAUAUCCACACCCCCAAAAGGUAAGUGUAUGGGGAGUGUGGCAUGACAGGGGCCAAUGGGAGCCUUUUAACAAUUUAGGCUCCCACUGUCUCUUUAAGAGCGUGCCCGAGACUCACGGCGCGCUCUUAGAUUCAGGCGGGACACGUGACCGCUUCUCGCGGUCACUGCCCGCUUCUCGCGGUCACUGCCCGCCUUUCUAGUGAAGCUGUCGGAUGAGCCGCGUGCGGCUCGUGCAGCAGCAGGACCGCGCGGCUCAAAGAGAGGACCGCGGCCGGCCCCUGGAUAAGGUGAGUAACGCUACAGUUACCCAGUACCCAGGAUAUCUGUGUGUGAAUUUGGGAAGUGCCCCCUAUCCCACCAAAAUAUGUAUAUAUAAAAAUAUUCUACCUCACACACACAUUCUCUCACAUACAUGCUCAUUCUCACACAGAGGGGCCGUCAGAGGUCUUGGUCUCAGGACACACACACAAAUACACAAACUAGAAGUAUUUUACCACAAAUACACAUAAAUGCACAAUGCAGGACUCACACAAUAUCCACAAUGUCAGACACACACACAGAUAUACAAUGUUACACACAUACACUCUGUUCGACACACGUACAUAGAAUCCGACUGUCAGACACAUGUACAAUGCCAGCAUUGACACAGAUGUUAACGAACAUAGUCAGACAAACACACUCAGACACACAAGGUCAGGCACAAAAAGACACUUAAACUUAUUUUUAUUAAGUGUUUUUUUUGGGGGGAUUUUUUUUUAUAUGCACCCUGUCUUUCUUUAUUUAGGACAGCUGAAGUGUAUCCUCUCCCUUUCGAUCGUCUCCCCCAUAUCGUGUAGGCACCUGCCAUCCUAGUAGGCAGAUGCCAACUCAGACUUAUCACUGGGCAGUUUUUGUGCCCCCUCCCCCUAUACAGUUUUGACAGUGUAGGCACCUGCCAUCCUAGUAGGCAAAUGCUUACUCUGACUUAUUGCUGGGCAUGUGGGACACCCUAAAAGAAGCAAUUUUCACUUAAAUGCAUUGCUAGAGGUGGAAAUUAUAGUAAAUCACUGUAGCAAGAACAAGGUAGAUACUUUUGUCUGCUGACAAUUUAAACCCAAUAGAAUUCUUCGAAGAAUAGAUUUUUCUGCUAUUGUGGACUUUGCUACAAAACCUGAAAGUAUUUUAUUUUCCUAACAAUGUACCAGCAAGUGUAUUCCCGAAUCAUUAUUCACACAUAUCCAGCUUUUUAAACCUAUGGCUUUCUUUGUUACUAUUGCAGGAAAUGUAGUCUUUAUAAAAUACAGUAUAUAAAGGUUAUCAAAUAUAGCACACUCAAGCCCUUCCUUUACAUCAAUAUUACAAAUUUUACUCAUAGAAGCCAAUUUAUUUGAACUGUAACCCUUUAAAAGACUGUCUGUCUGUUUCACUCAUCAUUACAUAUCUCAAGAUGUAUCUCUUUCCCAAUAUCUAUGACAUAAUUUGCAAACAAUUAUUGUAGUUUAAUGGACACUAUAAGCACCAAAACAACUUUAGCUUAAUGCAGUGGUUUUGGUGUCUUGCCCCUGCAGUCUCACUACUCAAGUCUCUGCCAUAUACAAGUUAAAUCACUGUGCUUAUGUAGCCCUAGUCACACCUCGCCUGCAGUUGACCUACAGUCUUCCUACACAUUUCCUGUAAAAAGAUCUAAUGUUUAAACUUCCUGUAUAAUACAGUCUGUAAUUUGGAAUUUCUUAUCAUCUGCUCUGUUAAUAGCCUGUUAGAGCAAGCAUGAGCCUCCUGUGUGUGAUUAAUGUUCAAUUAACAGAUCAGGAGAUACAAACUUCUAAAGUAAACAUACUGUGCUUUCAUAUCUGAUUGAAAAUAAAAAAAAAAUUGUGAAGCUGUUUAAGUCACAGCAUAAGCAGAAACAAAAGUGAUUUGACUCCUAAAUGGCAGAGAACUAAGCAGUGGUAUUGAGGGGGCAUGACCUAUACACCCAAACAUUGUUUUGGUGCUUUGAAUAUCCAUUUAACGGUAAAAUCAGUGAAUUGAAUCACCAACUGAUGUACAUCAAUAUAUUCUAAUAGUUUUACAAAUGUAUUUAUGUUUUAGGAUGGGGAUUUACUAUGGGAACUCACUAUCAUUUCCACAGCUGGAGAGUUUUCGUCAUAAUUUGUGUCUUACCCUGCAUAGCAUCUAUCAUUGCGCUAAAGUUUAUGCCAGAAAGUCCACGCUUCUUAUUAGAGGUAAAAUUAUGUAUUGAAUUACUGUGUUAUCAGAUAAUGUUAUGAUCUAUGGGACACAUCUGUAAUGUUUAAAGUUUUAUUAGGUUUACUGCAACUUAACGUCAAAAAAGAGGCGAAAUGCCUGAAUAUUCAUAUGUUAAUACGUAUAGGUGGUAUAUGGCAACUGUAGUGUUUGUUUCUAUAGCACAUUAAUGCUGUAAUUAUGAUAUAUAUAUGUAUGACUGAUAUAUAUUGCCAAAGCUUGUUUAUCCUUUUCCCCGCACUUGGGGCAUGAUAUUUAAAUAGGAAUAGUUGAUUUCUAGCUCAUAAUUGAACCUGGGCUAUAUCUGUUCUCCCUUGGGUGACAUAUUGUAACAUUCUGUUGUUCUGCAAAUUUUUCUGCUGUCUCAUAGUUUUCACCCAGUAGGAAUUGCAUAUUCAGUUCAUCCCAGUGAUGUGAGAAGCUUGUGAUUUUAUUACAAACAUAUUUCUCUUAAAAAAUAGAUGCUUAACAAUGAUUCAAAUUCAUACAGCUUUUGGGUGACGCCAAACAGAUUGUACAGAGAUGUGGUGACACAAAGAACAUUUGUCAUAGAUUAUUCAAAAAGGGAAAUAUAUACUACUGUUACCCAACUCAGUGAUUUAUGUUUAAUUAUUCUCAGAAAGAUUUAAAGUAGAAAUUACCUUGCUGCACUUUGAUGCACAUAACGUGGUGGAAAUAGAUUUCAGUGGAGCACAAACUGCUGAGCUCUCAUGUUGGUUUAAUACUGGAUAGCCCAUAUUACACAUGCAACAAUGGAAUUGCUCAAAAAUAGAAACCAUAUAGACAAAGUAUAGGGAGGAUAAUCAGUUGUUCCACAUGUAACGGAUCACCUGGCACCCCAACUGGGUACCUCCGUUGAAGGAUGCUCCUAGCCCUUCCUUAGGUCUCCAAGCACUGCAGCAGACACCAUAACCACCGUAUACUCCUCCAGAGAGCAAGGCAGGAACAAGCUCUUGCAAGAGCUAAGUAGUGAUUUAACAAGGGAGUAUGACAAGCACAGCAAUCCCUUGUAGCAGAUUCCCCCAAUAAGAGACAGGACUCAGAUUGAGGGUGAAGUAGAACUGACUGUACUGGCACAUACAGCCUCUUUUAUUCACAUUCUACAAACAUAGUACUGCCCACAGGGUUUUGCAGAACAACCAAUCAAUAGGUACAAUACACUCAGACACUUCCACUGGUCUGGCAGUGUGCCUGGGACAACGCCUGGGACAACGCCUGGGACAACACCCUGCUGGAACGAUAGACAGGAAACAGGGGAGGGGAAGAGACACAUCUUCCCAUGGAUUCAAAUGGGCAGAAACAGUCUUUUAGAAGCCAAUAAGCCCCAAAUAGUCAUUUUAAAUGACAAUACACCCCAGGGCCAUAGUCAUGAGGGAGGAGGCUGGCAAUCAGGCUCCUCCAACAGCCAGGGGCAAAGGGCAGUUGGUCAUAUAAAAAUCCAGUGACAAAAGGCAUUUUGUCACACCACCUAUUUCAAAAAAGUUUUUGUUUUAUGCAUGUAUAUGAGUUAAUGCUCUAAUUACUAUUUUUUCACAGAUAGGUAAACACGACGAAGCUUGGAUGAUACUGAAAAAGAUGCAUGAUACCAACAUGCGUGCAAAGGGUGAACCGGAAAAAGUUUUCACUGUAAGAAAUUAAUGUGACUUUCAAAACUUCCCUGAUUAUAGUUAUGUUUGUCACCUCUAUAUAAAUUAGUAGAUUAUAAUUAGUAGUCAACUGUAUGAUAAAAAAGCCAAUCUAAUUCAUAUGGAGAUCAUUUAGGUAAAACAAAAAAAUAGCGUUACAUUAAGAACAGUGGAUUUUCGAAGAGCUUUCACUUGUUUCAGAGUCCAGUUCUGUUCACCAUUUUUGAUUGAAUAACUGGAUUUUAUUUAUUGAUUAAAACAUUGGCUAGUAAAGACAUGGGGGUACUCACAUCAAGUGUCUGUUUUCAUUUGUGUUUCAGGUUUCACAUAUCAAAACACCAAAACAAAUGGAUGAGUUUAUUGAAAUUCAGAGUUCAACUGGAACGUGGUUUCAGAGAUGGCUUGUCAGGAUCAUGACAGUUGUUAAACAGGUACAGUAUUGAGGGUCAUGGCUGUUGUCAAACAGGUACAGUUGUAAGAGUCAUGGCUGUGGUUAAACCUAGUGGUCCGGCUCAGUGAUGAUACAAAUAAAGUUGUGUAAUGACUUCUACAGUGGAAUAGCUGUUGAACAAAUAUUCCCAAAGAUACUUGAUGCUGGAUGUAAAUACUGUUUGUUUUGUUAAUUAAUAAUAAAUAUCACAACAGUGGACAUGAAUACUAAAACUAACUAUGGCUGUCAGUCUUUGCCUCUGCCCCCACCUCAGUCUUUGCCUCUGACAUAACUAAGAUGACCACAUUUUUGUGAUGAUUACCUUGAUAUGUAUACAUCUAUAUAUACCCGACAUCGAUGCAUAUUACUGUUUGAUGACUGUGUCUGCGAUUUUUAUAACGGCUGUUGAUUCUUCUCUGUCCAUCUGUGUUCAGUAUAAGAAGUAGUCACCCGAUAAUCUGAGCUUUGUUGUUCCUGAAACAGCUUAUAAAUGCUUCUAGAACUUUGACGUAAAGUUAGUAAAUGUAUUAAUUCAAUUUACUGAGGUUUUAGAAAAUGAAAGUAUUACCCUGGGUUUUAAGAAUGAUAAUAAGCAAACCAUUUUCAAUUACCUAGAUAGGCAACACAUGGAAAAUACAGUACCAGAGAGGUAUAGCAAUUUUAUAUUAGCCUAUGUUGAAAAAAAGACUUGUAUUGUUCCAGAUCAUGGUUCAGUUGGUGAUUUCUAUGGGUCUUAGUGCAGCUAAAACACUCACCUUACAGGAAUAGGACUCUGGAUUGAAUGGUCAUAAUAUAAAAAAUAGCAUGGGAAAUGUUUAGUGAAAUUCAUAAGCAUAGCAUAGCUAUGCAUUAGGUUUAUAUUUAUAUUUAAAUUUCCAAGACUGCAGUUGUAGGACUACAUGCUUAUAAGUAGCUUGAUGAAAUGCGUUAUGUGAGAAAAGUGUGUCCUCUUUUUUUCAUUUACAAAAAGUGCAGAUUUCAAUACUAUUUGACAUUAUUCUAAAUAAACCUUGUCGAUCAGACAACCUUUCCUGUUAAUUCCUGGUUGCUUAACUCAGUAGAGCUAAACUCAAGAGACAGGCAAUUUCCCAGAGCACCUACUUUGCAAAGAUGUUUCAUUGAGCUGCAUUGGGAAGUCUGUGAUUGGACAGCCACAGAAAGUCUCGGAGGGUUAGAAGGGGAGGGCUUGCAAAGUCUUCAGACUUUGCAAAGAUGUUUUAGAUAUACCUUCAAUGAAAAAUGUGUAAAUAAAUGCAUGCAUGUUUCCAUUGAGUGUAUAUGUACUAAAGAGCCAUUUUUAUUUAUUUAGUUUUGUAUUUGGGCAGUGGAAUAUUCCUUUAGAAAGCAAGGCUUGGCAACAAUACGCAGCAGCCGGAUGCAGGGACACAACGAUAACAUAAUGCAAGGAACAAAAAGGGACACAAUUAUAAGGCAUUAGUCAAUGUCAUAUAAAGACUUUAGAGAUUGGUUUAAGUGACAAUACAGUUUAUUAAUAAUGGUAGUAUAAAAUGUGUAUGGAUCAACUCUAUUGUUUUGAAAAAACAGCUUCUCAGAUGUAGGUAUAUAUUGUAUCACCCAAGAAAUAGUAUAGUACAAAAACAUUAGUGCACCAAAUGUAUUGACAAAAAGUGGGGGCACCGCACCAUAAAUGCUACAAUACACUUUAGUAAUUUUGAUGCGUAAAGAACUCAGGCAGGGGUAGUUUUAAAUCACUCCAACCAUUUCCGUUCAAUUAUUUUUUUUCUUGUUGUAAUGUAAGAUGGAUACUAAUCAUAGAAGAUUCUCAUUCCUUCUUCUAAUCCAGUUAGAUUAUAAAAUUAUCUUUAAAUCUGUUGGGGCAUUAUUGUUUGCAUAGACGGUGGCAUAAACAUAUUUUUCGAUGAAUGUGGCAUCAACAAGUACUUAAAUAGUUUUUACUGCAAAAUGAUUUUCUUCUUAGUUGAAAAUUUGCAGAUCCACUAAUUAUUUAAAUUUGAAUCUAAACUCUCUAACUGGAGCUAAAAACCUGCUGCCAGUAACUUUACUACAUACAGUAUAAGCAUCCACGAGAUAGGUAAAAAAAGAUAAGCAAUGGCGGCACUCCUAGGGGAAAUAUUACACCAAGCAAAUUUUGUGAACCAUUCCACUGCUCCUCAGUCAUUCCAUCUUUCUUUUGAUUCUGCUUUGUGUUUUGCUCUCAAUACUAGCGACCUGGAUUGUCUUUAACCCUUGACAUGUCACCACCUACCCAGAUUGCUUAAAUUGCUUUGUGUAGCUAUCCUAUGCAAUAUGAUUUUCUCUGUGCUAUAAGAACUGAUCGCUUGUGCUGAUUCUUGAACAUUGGCUAUCAGUCAUCCUUGGACUAUUCUACCAGUUUACAGAGACAAAAACUGUUAGUCCUUCAAGAGUCACAAUCUGUGCUGUGCAGGUCUGCCUGAGAAAGGCUUUUGGCAACUCUGUGAAACUUCUUGUUUAAAAGGACCCUCAAGUCACACUCCAGCAUCGAAAUAACACAAAUGCAUUUGUGUUUUUCUUCACAUUCAGUUCUUAUGAGAUUAGAUUUUGCAACUUACUUUCACACACUCUGCAUACUAGAUGUACUCUGAAUAUUGUUCUCAGCCUCAGUCAAUGAGAAAUCAGAGUGAGCUGAGCAGUUAAUGUGACCCUGCGCUAUAAACAAUCACUGUAAUUUUAUUAUUUAUCCACUUUCAUCUUAGCAUGGCUUUAAUAUUAUACAGAUAGUAAGAGGACAGUGAUUGGCUGCGUGAGUCAAGCGAGCUACACUGUUUACCUUCCGCUCACAUUUUGUGAAAAUGGGGCAUGGUUAAGAGGUUGGGAAUAUCAUGCAAAAAGCAAUAAAACAUUAUUUCAUUUUUUUUUAAUUAUCAAGUAAACUAAGUAAUUUGAACAGGGAGAAAGCACAGCAUAAAUAAGAGGCAGAAACAUAUGCAAUUCACUUAAAGUGACACUGUGAUUUUUUUUUAUUUUCUUUAAGGUUUUCGUUCCUUAUGCCAUUUGUAUCUUUAUUUUUAUACUGUCCCCAUUGCCACUUACCUUUAUUUACACAUACUAUAUUGUCUUCAUUAUGUUGGUUUUUUCUGUCCAUGAUGUCAGCAGUUUGCCCUUCUGUGAGAGUAUUUUGACUGAUGGAUGGGUAAUUUAGCUUAGCAACUGAAAUGGAACUUUGCUAAAGCUUUGCCCAUUGCUAAAAUUGCCAAAGAUUACACUCCCAAUGGGAAAAAGUAGUCCUUAUGUUUUCACUUGUAUAACUAAAAUACUAAAGAGAAUUUUAAAAAAUGAAACCAAGGAGAAAUAGAGGGACAGCAAUAUAAAUAUUAAUUAUCAAUUGAAAAGCAAAACCUGCAAAGUGACAGAGACAUUUUAAGUAAUAUUGGUGCCCAAAGUGCUCCUUUAAGUGCUUGCACAUGCAUAAAAUGCUAAAUCUCACUGUGAUCACUGCUAGCCUACCAAUUUAUAUCAAAAAGUGAAUUAUAUCAAAUAGUAUAGCUUGGAAAUCAAGACUGACAUCCCAAAGCUGAGUUUGGCAGCUUAGCGGACUGCAUGGGAUAAAAUCUCUCAAUGGGGAGCUGCUGAAUAGUACAAGACUCCUGCUGAAAGAAACUCUAUUAUAAUCCAUCAGUUUCAAAGCAUAAUUCUAUUAUGGCUAAUCCUGUCUGCAAGAAGCCAAUGGCUUAUAGGUAUAGCCAAAGUGGUAUGAAGCAGUUUAGAAAGUCUGCUUGUUUUGAUAUAUAAUAUAAAAUAGAAAGACUACAACUCAAGCACUUAUAUUAUGCACUUAUAUUUGAAAAAAGAAAUUGUUGCCACAACAUGUCCCAACAUUUUGCAUUUGAGAGAAAUGCAUGUCUGGCCUCGACUUAAUGAGAUUUCCAAGUGAUUCAAAACUAUUAGAAAAGUAGAGAUUUAUCUACAGAAGUCAUUCUAAAAGUCUAUGGGAAUUUUUUAGGUAAAUCAUUUGGAUUUUUUUUUUUUUAGCAGUAUUGAAUUAUUUAAAAAGCGUAUUAAAUGGAGGCUUUUGUCAGAACUCCAUACCUUCUGGGAAACAAAAAAAUAUAUAUUUUCUGUUAAUUCAACACGUAGAACUAAGGAUCGCAGAAUAUGUUUGACAAAGAACACAUUUCAAAUAGCUAUUGAAGUGACUAGCUAGAACAAAGAUGGUAUUAGAGUACCAAUUUUCUAUUGACCAAAAUCUGAAAAAUUAGGAUCCAUCCUCUUAACUCAAUUUUCUGCCACUGUUAUAUAAGAAGAAUUUCUCUGCACACCUUUCAAAAUACAUCUAUCUUUAUUGAAAUUAUACGACAACAUUUUUUGUCUGCUGAGCAUACUGACUUUUUAGUCUCUUUUACCAUUUCUUAUUCUCUGUCUUUUUUUUUUUUACAAGAAAUGAGCAAACUUGAAGAUGUUUGAUCUCUUCCAAUGUUUUUUCCAUGUAAAAAAUGCUGUUAGUCAGAAGUCUCUCGUUGCUUUGAUUUCUGUCCAAUAAAGCUUUCAGUUGCUUUAAUCAGCUCACAAGUACAAUAUCACACGUAUUUACCCUUCAAUCAACGUGGCUGUUGUGGAUCUGUGGCAUCUAACAACCUGCUGUCUACACAACCCUGGUCUAGCCAUUUUUCGAGAAAACUGAAUAGUUGAGAGAGAGAGAUAUUUUGUUUUAUAGUCACCUUUAUCACGAUUUCUAUACUCCCCGAGAAGAGCCUUUUUGUCAAUUUAGGAAAGCUUCUAUAAAUUCUAUAGUGCAGAAAUGUUCUUUUCUUCUGAUUUUGCACAAAUUUGUGGUUGCUUGUUUUAUUUCCAUCCCAUCAGAUGUUUAGCGUGGAUAUUACCCUAUUAUGAUGCUGUCAUGGAUUAUCCAGGAAUAAGGAAAAUAUAGCCACACUUGCCAUAAUUCUCUUUUCUUGGAUAUAUCCAUGGGAGCAUGGCUUCCCUCUUCUAGUUAUUUUUAUAAGCUUAGAACAUAAACUGGAGACCCUAUCUGGUAAGAUUGUAUUUAUAGCUUGCAUUUCUUGUUCUAAACAGCCAGGUAGGUUGAGCUAACACAUAUUGUGAUGCUGCUAGGGAUAUAUCCAGGAAAAGAAAAUUACGGUAAGUAUGGCUACAUUUUCUUAUCGGAAAAUGUUAGUUCCUUAUUCCUGCUAUGUAUUCUUUCAUAGAUGUAAAUCAUUUAUAUCGUAUAACAUAAUUUCCUUAACACUUUAAGAAGGUAAAAUCAGAUUAUUCUAAUGUGGGAAUUAAAGAUAGGUGUAGUUAGUCCCUAUUGCCCCUAUGCCUAGUAGUUAUAGUUGAUAUAGAAAGUCUUCCCACCCUUAUAAAAUUGUAGGUUUUUAAAUGUAAAUACUGGAAUACGAACAUGUAAAUGUCCAUAAUUUGCCAUCUGUAAUUGCGAUAUUCCAAAAACAAAUACUGUAAUUAAUUAGGAGCAUUUUAAAUAAAAAAAAAAAAAUAGAAAUAAAUUACAGCACCUUGAUUGCAUUAAUUUGCGCACUCUUUCAUAACAAGGACUCUAGCUGUGUUCACAGUUAACCUAUUACAUGUCUGUAGGUAAAUAAGUGUGAUUCUGAUUAAACCCAGAAAGUCAGUUGUUGCUGUUGGAUUUACUUGAAUGUUUGGGGUUGCACUCUACUGGGAGAGCCAUGGUCCACAAAGAAUUGACAAAUAAAUUGCAACAGCUAAUUGCUGAAAAGUAGCAAUUUAGGAGAAAAUGUAGGAAUUUUUUUUAGAAGAGUAAUAUAUAAAACACUAUUGAAGGCAAUUGAUGUACUAUGGAGCACUGCCAUAGCCACAUUAAUAAGUGGAGGAGAUGUGGGACCACAGGGACAUUACAAAGAUUAGGCUGACACUUCAAAGUUGAUGAGAGGACACCAAGAGUCCAACAGUAACAGUGAAGGAGCUACAGCAAAUUCAGACAGGUCAUUUCAAUCACUAGUUGCAUGUGAUCACCAAUCUGCACAUGUCUAGGUUAUGGACUAUGGUGGCACAAUGGAAACCCCCUUCUUAAAAAAAGCAACAUCGAUGUUACCCCAAACCAUGUACGAAAAUGUGCCAUGAUCAGACAAAACAAAAACUGAAAAUGUAAAAGAUAUCUGCAUAUUUGGCACAAAGUCAAUACAGCUUAUCAUCCAAAAAAUAAAACAUAUCGACUUUGAAGCAUUGAGGUGGUAGCAUCAUGCUAUGAGGGGUCAGGGGCUCUUGUCAAGAUAAUGAAUAGCUCCAAAUAUCAAGAUAUGAUGCAACAAAACAUGUUAGAGAGUUGAAAAUUAAGAGGAAUUUUACAUUUCAACAUGACAAUUACCUAAAACAUACAUAGGUUGAGGAAGGCAUAACUUCAGAAAAGUAAAAUCAAACGCUUGAAAUGGCCCAAGUAGGCAUGGGCACGAAUCUCAUCAAAAACCUAUGGAAUGACCUAAAGAGAGCUGUACUUGCAAUUUAAAGGAACUUUUUUGCAAAGAAGAUUGAGAUAGAAGUACAAAGUCUAGCUGUGCAAAGAUAACUAUUUGUUUUUUCACUAUAUUUUUGUUUGUUGGAAGAUCACAUUACAGAAAGAAAAAGUCUGACAUUGUUAUAUUGUCAUUAUUUCUCUCUUUACUUUUCAAAAAUCUGCAAAUUCAUAGGGGGCAAAGACUUUUUAUAUACACUGUAAGUGAGCCAAAAUGUUCUAUGUAUUGAAAGCAAACCAAUAUGGUGUUCUCUGCUAUACGCCAAAUCACUGAGUACACUUUAUUUAUACUUCUUUAUACACAAAUACAUUAUUGUACACCUCUUGACAUUUUGUUUUUUCUUUUAGGUAUGGGAGAACAUAUUGUAUUGCUUCAGUGGUCAAUUUAGAAAGAACACUAUAUUUCUGGCUGUGGUUUGGUUUACAAUGUCAUUAAGGUAACAUUACUUUAUUUCAUUGAAUUACAAUUACUGUCAUCCUAAUUUCAGAAUGGUUGAAAACAAAUUUGGCUAGAUUUAUUAAGGCAAAAAUGAAUGUUAUUCUAGUGUAAGGUGCUAAAAAAGAAGUAAUCGCCAUUGAAAAUAAUGAAAUGCCUCUAAACAUUUAGCACUUUUCACCCAAAAUAGCAUGUUUUGUCUUGAUAAGUUCUGUUUUUCUGUUAACCUACAGCUACUAUGGUCUUACUGUCUGGUUCCCUGACACUAUACGUUACCUUCAAGAGGAAGCCUACGCAAGCAAAUUGAAAGUAUUCCAUGGCGAGAAAGUGAAAAAUUUUGAAUUCAAUUUCACUCUCGAGAAUCAAAUACACAAAGAUGGAAACUUCGAGAAUGAUAAGUAAGCAUGUUAUAAUUUUUAAUCGUAAAAUAUUAUAUAAAUAUUCAAUUUGCUAGAGGACUACAAUUGUGGGACUUACAUUAGUAGUUAUGUAAACCCUUUUCCGAUUUGUAUUUACUGUAUACUUUAACAUUAUUAUGCAUCAUCUGUAGGCCUCAAGUUGGACUUGGAGAUGUAUAAAACAUUUUUCGAUUCGCACUGUGAGGAGUUUUAUGGCGUUUUGUCUCACCAAGUUAAAUGUUUAUUAAUAAAGACAUACUGACACCUGGUGGUGACUUUUUUGAGACGGCAACACUAGAUGUGAAUCAAAGUGUUAAUAGGAAUACAAGCUUAUUGAAUUAACUUCUGCAUAGUUGUAAGAGAACACAGUGUUUUUAAUCUGUAAUACAAUCUUUGUGCAUACUUUCUUUAAACGGUGUUAUGAGUUAUUGCACCAAUUGUAUGUUUAGUUCAAAUCUCAGAAUGCAAGACAAAUAGCCCAGAUUGUAAAAUCUGGUUCCUGUAGAGACUUUUUGUGUUGGCAAGGGCUGUAGCUUCUGUAUUUAGGACCUUUACAGUGUGUGCAAGUGUAUCUAGGGGCUUCAGUGUGUGAGUGUAUGUAUAUUUAAGUUACAUUGUGUGUGUGUAUUUAGAAGCUAUAGUGUGUGUGUAUUUAGGGGCUGCUGUAUACGUGUGUAUUGGGGUUGCAUUGUGUAUGUAUCUAGGAGCUGUACAGUGUAUGCAUGUGUAUAGAAGCUAUAGUCUGUGUGACUCAUCACCCCCAGGGCUGUUUGUAUAUUGUGUGGGUGUACUGUGUGUGUGGAUGGGUGCACUGUGUAUAUGAGGUGUGUGUGUGUGCUAUGUGUGAGUGGGGUGCACUAUGUGUGUGGUGUACUGUGUUUGUGGGGGUGUACAAUGUGGGAGUGUAGGGAGUCGGAUAGGGGUGGUAAUAUUUUUAUAUGAAUAUUAUUUUUCUAAAAUAUGUCACUUCUCCCUAUUCUCAUCAUGCAAGAAGGGGAGGCAUUAAGCUCUCUGGUGGUCAAGUAGGCUGCAUAGCCUCCAGGUACAGGACAGACAGAGUAGCUGGGAAGUCUAUGUCUUCCCUGGACAAUUAUCUCUCUUGGAGCUACAGCAGUUACACUUACUGUGUUGCUGGGAUUUACCAUGGCAAUGUUCGGACACUGCCAGUGCCAGAGCUUGCAACAUAUAGAGGUACAGGGCAGACAUAGACAGUUUGGUGGGCUUUGAUCUCGCCACUGGCCCUUUAAGGGGCAGAGAACCCUAUCUGGGCUGGUGCAGCCCUGUGGGAAUGGAUAUGAUGUUUUUGUUGGGUAAAAAGGUACAGGAACAUUGUUUCCACAUGCUCCUGCAGGACUUGAGCCCUGACUACUACCUACCUAAAAGACUUCCCAGUGUAAUGUGUCAAAUUGAUUUAGAAGUCCCAUGUGCUCCUGUGCCACAUCCAUCUUCUCUUGCAAAGAGAAGCUGGAUGUCUUCAAUGAACUAAGCAUGGCUUAGUAUAAGACUGCACUCAUCAGCUGAGAGCACAUAGCUGAUGCUUUCAGCCAAUAAUAGUGGCCCUCACAGUCAUGCUUAGCCGAAUGGAAGUAUGUGCAUCAGUGGACACCCGGUGGGACGCAGGUAAGUUGUCAAGCCAUUCUAAAACAGUUUGACAAAUUACUCUGGGAGGGUGCCAGGCCAUUCCUAGCACCAUAGCCACUUCAGCCCACUGUGGUGCUUAGAAUGUUCCUUUAAAUUAGGUUGAAGCCUUGUUUUUAAAUUUUAUAAACGUAAAGAUAUUUUCCGUAAACUAUAGAAUUCUGUUGCUGUUAGAUGUGAAUGGCUUUUUUUUUUAUUACACUCCUAAACUUUGCUGAUAGCAUCUUUAAACUAUCGAGAUCUCAAAUUACAGUCUAUUAACAAUUGAAAGCUAAUUAGAAUUUAGAGAUCUAUUCUCUUCUUGAUGACCACCUUCUGCUGCAGAAUAUCCAUUUACAAUCCAAAUGAUAUUACCCGUUUUACAAAAAGUCAGCUCCAUUAAUUUCGCUUUAUUAGAGCAAACCACAAAGGUUUUUUUUUUUUAAAUUAAAUAAUUUUUCAGCUGGAGGUGAAAUAUAUUUUGUAUUUAAUUAAAAAUGGGCAGAUGCUAAUUUUCUUCCUGGAGUUGUUCUUUAAUGCAUGGUUUGCCAAAGUAGAUACCUAUUGAAGUGUAGCAGAAAUAAAAAAUAACAUUUUAUUAAUGAAAAAAGCAUAUAUAUAUAUAUAUAUAUAUAUAUAUAUCAAUUCAAGUCACAUUAGAUCAGGACCAGACUGGGAAUGAAAAUCAUACCUGGAAAAAAUUCUAUACCUGCCCAAUAAUGCGUUGUGCCAGCAUAGCGUGCAGCUAUAGAGGUGAAACCGCUAACUGUUACUCCAGCGUGAAAGAAAGCACUCAUAUGGCUUCAAAAUAAACAAAAUAGCGGAUUUAUUUUAAGCAGAGGUGAAUUUACAUAUAAUCAAUAUUUCAGUCCAACUACCUUGAUAUAUUAAAGGACCACUCUAGGCACCCAGACCACUUCAGCUUAAUGAAGUGGUCUGGGUGCCAGGUCCAGCUAGGGUUAACCCAUUUUUUUAUAAACAUAGCAGUUUCAGAGAAACUGCUAUGUUUAUGAAUGGGUUAAGCCUUCCCCUAUUUCCUCUAGUGGCUGUCUCAUUGACAGCCACUAGAGGCGCUAGAUCUUCUCCAUAGGGCCGACAGGCUGAAUCUGGCGCUCUUGCAGCGUCUUGUCAGCCCAGGAGGAGGAUCGGAGGAGGAGAGGAGGCAGAGAGCUCCCCGCCCAGCGCUGGAAAAAGGUAAGUUUUAACCCCUUUCCCCUUUCCAGAGCCGGGCGGGAGGGGGUCCCUGAGGGUGGGGGCACCAUCAAGGCACUAUAGUGCCAGGAAAACGAGUAUGUUUUCCUGGCACUAUAGUGGUCCUUUAAGAAACGUUUGGUAAUGGAACUGAAAUAGAGAAUGUAAACAAUGUUGUCUUGUUUAUUUUGAAAUCCUAUAAGUGUGGUCUUCACUUUGGCUGUGAUCAUCAAACUUGAUGAUCUCAGCAAAUCCAGUGCUUUCACAUAAAAAAAGCAUUGGGAGGCAAUUGCGCACGUGUGGCAAAAAGCUGCGCCAAUCAGCAUCUCCACAUAUAGAGAUGCAUUGAAUAAAUUAAUCUCUUUGGGGAGUGUUCAGCUGAAUGUGGAAGCGCUGAAUGUAGGUGCUACACUGAACAGCACUGGACUAGGAAGCACCUCUAGUGGCUGUCUUAGUGACUGCAUCUAAAGGUGUUACUAGACAAUUAUGUAAAUGUAGCGUUUACAGUGCUCAGCCUGCAGGGACUACAUUAAACUGUAGUGGUUCUGGUGACUAUAGUGCCCUUUUAAUAAGACGUCUUACCCCCUGUCUUACCUGUUUUAGUGUAUCUUAUCUCCAAUUUUUCCCUUGUGUGUGUCAUAUACCUCUCUUGUGUAUCUUUCACCCCUCUUGUAUGUCUUACACUCACCUUGUGUGUCUCUUACAACCCCCUUUGUGUAUCUUUUACUUCCUCCCAGCCUCCCUUUAGCGGCGGUAACCGGUCAGGUUACCCAGGGAUCCGCUACACACUGCAUUGAAUAAUGUUUGUUAUAUUCUGUUCUCACUUCACAUUCAUGUGAUUGCAACUGUAAUGGGCUCACCAAAAGACUUUUCAAAAGCAUUACUGACUUCUAAGGUGCAAGUGUCACUAUAUUGAACCUGCCUUAACCGUACUACAAGAUAAAAAAUCAUCCUGGUGCUCUGCUUUUUACUCUUCCAAGAGUGAAGUUAUAGUGCAGAUGUGAUUUAGGGGGCCGCCUAAGGCCUUGUGCUGGCUGGGGUCUUGUGGCUGCCUAAAUCACCUUAAAAUAGACUUACAUGUAGGGUCUUUGGUCCAUGACCGAGGGCCCGACAUAGGAGGGGGUUUGGCUGCUUGCCCUGUGUACCGCCGGGUGCAAGGCCCCUCCAUACCGUCUGCCCUGAUGGAGAGCCAGUCCCCGGUCUGCAGCUUUGCCAGGAGUGAGCUGCAGAUUGAGGUGUCUAGCGAUCUCAGACAAUCAGAGUGUUGCCGCGGGUUACCACAGCAACGCUCUGACUGGCCUGAUCUCGCGAGACUUACCAUGUGGUCUGCAGUUUUACACCCAGCGGAGCUGCAGACCAGAAAGGGAGCCCACCGGACCACCAUGGAGAGCCAGCCCACCGGACCACCAUGGAGAGAGACAGCCCACCGGACCACCAGGGAGUGAGACACUAGACCACCAGGGGAUCAUUAAUAAUAAAAAAAAAUUGAAAAGAAGGUAUUUAUGACCCUGCCCACACUGUUUACCCAUGCCCUGUCAUUGCCCCCUCUAUCCUGUCACUGCCCCCUUCCUGCUACAGACCCCCUACCCAUGCCACAGCCCUCCUUACUUUACCACAGACCCCACUACCUUGUCACUGCCCCCCUCUACCCUGUCACUGCCCCCCCUCCCUUGCCACAGCCACCCCUACCCUGCCAAAGCCCCUCUACCAUGCCACAGCCCCCUUACCCUGUCACAGCCCCCCUCUACAUUGUCACAGCCCCCAUCCUGCCUCAGCCCCUACCCUGUCACUACUUGUCCUCCCCUGCCCCCCCUUACCCUGUUACAGCCCCCUUACCUGUGUCACAGCCCCCUCUACAUUGUCACAGCCCUCAUCCUGCCACAGCCCCCUACCCUGCCACAGCCCCCCCCUGCCACAGCCCCUAUCCUGCCACAGCCCCCAUCCUGUCACUGUACCCUGUCACUGCCCCCCUCUAUCCUGUCACUGAUCCCCCUCCCCUUUCACAGCCACCCCUACCCUGCAAAGCCCCACUACACUGCCACAGCCCCCUCUACAUUGCCACUGCCUAUUCUCCCCCCUGCCACAGCCCCCUGCCUGUCACAGCCCCCUUCCUUCCUUCUACAGCCCCCUACCCCUGCCAUAACCCCCUCUACACUGUCACAGUCCAUCCCACCCUGCCACAUCCCCUCUACCUGCCACCCCCCUCUACAUUGCCUAUUCUCCCCUGCCACCCCUCACCCCUGUCACAGCCGCUUUACCCUGUCACAGCCCCCCUACCCUGCCACAGCCCCUACCUUCCACAGCCCCUUUUCUUCACAGCCCCCCUACCCUGCCACAACCCCCAUCUACACUUUCACAGCCCAUCCCACCCUGCCACAUCUGCCUCUACACUGCCACAGCCCCCCUACCCUGCCACAGUCCCCUAACCCUGUCACAGCCCCCCAUUACCCUGUCACAGCCCACCCUAACCCUGUCACGACCCCACCUUAACCUGCCACAGCAUGCCACACACCCUGUCAACAGCCUCACAGCUCCCCCUCACUCUGUCACACUCACCCUGCCAUAGUUACCCCUUUACUCACCCAGUCACAGCCACUAACUGAAGUCAUUCAUCAUAGACAAACACAGUCAUGAAACAUAGCUUUGCCAUAACACAAUGCACAAAGGCCACAGGCAGCCCCCCAAAACAAAACACACCGCAAGCAACUACCCCACACACGUAUAUGGUCCCACACACAUGCUCACAAAGACAUACAUUCACACUCUCGGAUACUCUCUUUUACACACACUUUCAGGCACAUGCACACGUAGACAAUGCCAGACACACUCAGAAAUGUACACAUCAGCACUUACUUAUACACGACUGCAAAGCUAUGUAACCAUACCCUGCAGCCGUGUAUAAACAAUUAGCAUACUUGCUAAAUGCAUUUAUUUAUUGCAAAUUAAGUGUGCAAAUUAUGUCAUAACUUCAGUCCGAGAGCUCACAUCACAGCGGCACAGGGAGCCGCAACACUGCAAGCCUCUGAGACUAGCUUUCUGUAUCCAGCACUGCAAGUCCGUCCUUCAAUUUAACUACAGCACUUUAGACAGACAAUGCAACCCCUAUUUAUUUUGUCUCUUUGGGUGUUAGUGGGGGCCUCAUGUUUGAGCUUUGCCUAAGGCCUCACAAAGUCUAGAGCCGCCACUGUUGUAGUGAACUAGUAUACAAAAAGUAAAAUUUUAAAUUAAACAAUAAUGAAAAAUAAUCUGUUAUUCCUUCAAUUUAGAAUGUGUAGAAUGUUUGGGCGAUGUUAAGUCCGUCUUAUAGUCUAACUCUUUCAAAUUGUAUUUUCCAGGUUUGUCAAUAUGAAAUUUAAACAUGUGACAUUUGAGGACUCUGAAUUUGACGAAUGUUAUUUUGAAGAUGUGACCUCCAGAGGAACGUAUUUUAAAAACUGCAUUAUUACGUCUACAGUUUUCUAUAACACAGGUAAUACUAUUGACAGAUUGUUGAAACAUAUUCACUCAUUCUCCUACUGAAUUGCAGAAAUUAAUACCUUCUCUUACUGCGACCUGGACUUUGUGGAAAAUAAUGAUAUACGCAAAAUGUUUUCUUGUAAAUGUGUGCCCUGUAAUCUAUAGUGUUUGUGUGUUAUAUAUUGCUAUUUUUACUGGCAUUGCUAACAUAUUCUGCAGCAUUGUACAAAUUGGGAAACAUAUAGUUGUAAAAAUUUUAAAAAUAUAAAUAGAGCAAUACAAAGGUAAAGAGGACACUGCCCGUGAGUUGAGAUCUAGCCAUUGAAGUUUUUUUAUGCAGAGUACUUUGCUAGAAUAUCAGUGAGCUUACAAUCUAAAUUAGAAAAAAGAGAGAGAAUUGGGAAAUGAUGGCCAGAGAGAGUUAAAAGGAUAUUUGCAGCCACUCAACAUGUAAAGGAAAUAAGGGGUUAACAGAGUGUGAUAGUAGAGAGCUGGAAUAGCAUGCCAUAAAGUUAGAAGGGAUAGUGCUUAGACGAAAUGAAGUGGCUUAGUUUCUAGAAUAGAGAUAGAUACAGUUAUUUGAAGGGAUUUGCUAAGGAAUAGAGGGGGAAGGGGGAGAGCAAACUUUGGUUGUAUACAAUUUAAAGGGACACUAUAGUCACCAGAACAACUACAGCUUAUUGAGUUUGUUCUGCUAAGUAGAAUCAUUACCUUCAGGCUUUUUGCUGUAAACACCGUCUUUUCAGAGAAAAUGCAGUGUUUACAUUACAGCCUAGUGAUAACUUCACUGGCCACUCCUCAGGUGGCUGUUAGAGAUCCUUCCUGGGCCAUGGCGGCCUAAAAUGCAUCCAAACAUUCAGUGUCUCCUCCCUCUGCAUGCAGACACUGAACUUUCCUCAUAGAGAUUCAUUAAUUCAAUUCAUCUCUAUGAGGAGAUGCUGAUUGGCCAGGGCUGUGUUUGAAUCAUGCUGGCUCUGCCCCUGACCUGCCUCUUUGUCAGUCUCAGUCAAUCCUAUGGGCAAUCAUUGUGAUUGGGUCAGGCUACCACUUAGGCUGAUGUCAGCAGGCAGUGGGCAGGUCUAAAGGAAACAGAGCCAGAGCUAGCAGCUCCAGACUUGAAUACAAGCAAGAUUUUGCUAUUUUUAUGGAGGCAAUGGUAGCCAAGGGGCUAGAUAGUGGUUUUAACCCUCUAGGGUCAGGAAUACAUGUUUGUGUUCCUGACCCUAUAGUGCUCCUUUAAAUAUUUGCCAACCGAUUCUAUCAGCCAAAAUAUCAAUAACAAUAUGUACACGGACUUUUGGAGAAAUACAUUCAAAUGAAAUAAUACAAAUUUUACAGCAGUAAACUACAGGUAUGAAUUGUAACAUUGUUCCAGUUACUAAAGGACAAUAUGCUAACAAAGGUAGAAUGUAUAAUGUGUACAUUAUCUUUCAUGUGUCAGUCAGUACCUUAAAGUUACAGUGAUGAAUUAAAAUAACUAAGUGUAAUUAGACCUGCAUGUAAUGUCAUUAUGGGUCCUGGGGUUCAGGCAUGUAAUGUGUUAUUAACAGGGUUAUUCACUAAAGUCCAAAUGGCCCCGUACCAACUGGGGCAAAACCAUUUGCUGCUGUACAAGGCCAUUCAGACAGCAAAAGACAGAUAUUAUUGAUAGAAUUCAACAAUGUUUGAAUUUUGUAAUCAGGCCCCAAAUGGACUUGUCUCGAGACUUGGCUGUCCGAGCUCUCUGGUUGGCUUACUAGCCAACUAAUCUGAAAAUUCUUUGUCAUAAUGCAAAGCAUGGGAAAUUUCCCUCUGCUUUACUAGCAUAGGAAAGCUCAGGAGGUAGGGAGGACAUGCUAUUAUUUGGAGGGGUGGGCAAUGGCAUGUUGAUCCCCCCUAUAUAAUUAUAAAAUAGCUCAUGGGUGGAGGCCAUGGAGGAACCCUAGGUUCACUCCCCUUUAUUAUUAAUAUUAGAGCCCUCACCUUAUUAUUAAAGGGGGCACUAGGUCCUCCCAAUCAAUAUUUAGAGUAGCCCUCACCCAAUGGUAUGUAGCCUCUUCUAGUUCAUGGCAGGUGUGUGGCGUAUGGAGGUACAAUACCUCCAUUAUAGCAAUAUGGUAGUCGUAUUAAAGAAAAACUAUAGUAUUAGGAAUACAAAGCUGUGUUCCUAACACUAUAGUGCCUUCUAUCUCCGACCUUCGUGCCCCCCAUAGCAGAUAAAGGGUUAAAUAACCCUUUAUUCACUUACCGGAUUCCAGCGCUUUGUCGCGGUCCGUCGCCUGUGAUGUCACCCGGUUUUGGGACCUAACACUCAUGUGCGGCAAGUGCUGCGUGCGCAUUAGGCCUUUCCAUAGGAAAGCAUUGCCUCAGCAUUGGUUUUCCCUAAUGCUGGAUGCCCUAAUGCAGUGUGAGGACAUCCAGCAUCAUCUGUGAAACUUCAGGAACAGCCUCUAGUGGCUGUCAGGUAGACAACCACUAGAGGCAAUAUUAGUACUAGUUUCUCAAAGUGCAAUGUUCUACAUUAAGGGACUAAGGGGGAAAGGGACACUGCACUCUGACCACUUCAACUAAAUUAAUGAAGUUAAUUGGUCAUGGUGCCUAUAGUAUCCCUUUAACCACCAUAGGAGUUUUAUUUCUUGAUUUAAUAAUUUAUUUUCACUUAGCCACAUAAUUAACCCUUGCGCUGCCAAUUGUUUAUAACUAUUUGCUAGCGCUGACAGCGGACUAAUAGUACUUCAAAUGAUCAAUUCACUUGCAAAAAGCAAGUUAAUGAUAAUUUGUCAAUGUGCUUCCUGCCAGAGGCAUUCAGUUUAUCUUUGGUUGACAUGCAGUUGUUGAUAAAUCUCUGAUUCCUGUCCUUUAAAUUGGUUCACAUGCUGAUAUUAGUGAAUUUCUAAACACUUCUGAACGAAUGAUACCGAUUUGGUUGGACCGGCCGAAUCUAGACCGCAUUUGUCUUUAGUAUAGAAUGUAAGCUCGUUUGAGCAGGGUCCUCUCCAACCUAUCGUUCCUGUAAGUUUUUUGUAAUUGUCCUAUUUAUAGUUAAAUCCCCCCUCACAGAAGUAAAAAUCAGUCGACAUCAAGUACAGAUAAAAUGUAUCCAACGCGUUUCAUCCCACUCAGGGACUUCCUCAGGGCAUGAUUAUAUUCCUAUGAUAACAAAAUAGACAAUUUUAUUAUUUUAAAAUACUCUAACAGAGCAUUUGUUUCUGGAUCUAUAAAGAAGUGCCUUACCGAUUUUUAACAUGUAUCAUGCUCUCCUCAUUUAGACCUCAAACACAAGUUUAUUGACUGCAAAUUUAUAAACAGCUCUUUCUAUAACACAAAAGAAGGAUGUCACAUUGACUUUGAAGAAGAUAAUGAUUUCCUGAUUUACUUGGUCAGUUUUCUUGGAAGUUUGUCAGUAUUACCUGGUAAUAUCAUCUCAGCUCUUCUAAUGGACAAAAUUGGAAGGAUAAGAAUGAUUGGUGAGUACCAAGAAUUCCUAGUGUUUGCAACUUGUGUAGGUGAGACAGAAGAGGGUGAUUCAGAAGAGUUUUCUUUCCAUAAUGCACAUUUAUUGAGUGCUGCAUACUCUAGAUGUAGUGCUUUAGCUGGAACUACAUUUCCCAUAUGAACUUGCGACCUUGCUCUAACCUGCUAACAGGGCUGCCAUCAGACAUUUUGGGGCCACUUACACAGUUCAAGACUUGGGCCCCCAGGAUUUGCCCGGAAUCCUCCCAUAGGGUCCACGCUCUGAGUCUGUUCCAACCAGGAUGAAUAAAGUGAAUACACUGUGUGUAUAGUGGAUGCAGCAUAUGUGUAUAUAGUGGACGCAGAGUGAGCGUUUAUUGUGUGUGUGUAGUGGAUGUAGUGAGUGUAGUGUAUGCAGUUUGUGUGUGUAGUAGAUGCAGUGUGUGUACUGGAUGUAGUGUGUGUAGUGUAUGCAGUGUGUGUGUGAAGUGGGUAUCGUAUUUGUAUUCUGCAUGCAGUGUGAUUGGGUAAUGGAUGCAGUGUAUGUGUGUAGAUGAUGUAGUGUUAUUGUGUAGUGGAUACAGAGUUUGUGUAGUGGAUGCAGUGUCUUUGUGUAGUGGAUGCAGUGUUUGUGUUUGUGUAGGGGAUGCAUUGUUUGUGUAUGAGAUCCAGUGUCUCUUUAGUGAAUGCAGUGUGUGUAGUGGAUGCAGUGAGUUUCGUGGAUGCAGUGUUUGCAGUGAGUGGAGUGUCUGUGUUUGUGGGGUAGGAUAGUGACCAUUGUGGGUCUGUGCAGAUUUUAUUAAAUUAUAAUCAAGCUUAUUGCCCCCACCAUACCUCUUACUGUGGCAUGAGAGGGGGGGCACUAGAUUCCCUGGUGGUCCAGUGACACAGCAUACUUGUAUAGAAGAUGAGGGGACCCAGCAGACUCCAUCUUCCACCUCCAACUAGGCAGCAGGCCUUUUCCUUCUCUUACGAGCCCAGCAUGCAUUGCAUGCUGUAUGGAGCAUUGUCAUGGCAACCUGACAGCCAUGGCUCACGAGUGGACACUGCCGGAGGGGUAACUUGGCAUCUCAUGGGCUCCCUCUUCAUUAUACUACAUAGCAAAGACCUGCAAGUGCAUAUAUAUCAUGGUACUCAUUGUAUAUAUGCACAUUGGAAGUGUAGGGCCCAGGCACAACUCCCCCUGGGGAGGUUCGGACCCCGUAUCCCUUGUUCUGGCUGUAUCUCCCUGAUGGUGGACCUUACUACUAAUCCAGAAAUUCUGUUUCUGCUUCAGUCAGUUAUUUGACUUUAUUUCCUUAUUAGAUGUGUGCCAAUGAUAGCUAUAUUUGACAAUCUAUCUAUUUUGUUUGAAGAUUUGUUAAUCUUGUCAUUAAUUGUUACUAAAUGGGGAAAUGUUCUAAAAGUGGAGCAAACACCAUGUAAACAAAUGGUGCGCUCCUGCUGGGUCCCAUGACUUCUGUGUCAAUUCCAGUUGUAGAAUAUAAGUUCUUAUGGAAAAUGGAAUUGUAUAUAACAUAUAGGUUAGGACGGUGUAAUAAUUUGACCUUGUAAUGCUUUCUUUCAAACAAAGAGUAAACAAAUUGCUUUUCAGUACAUCAUUGCCCUAGUUUGCACUAAAUCUCAAUAAAACAUGAUGCAAUAUUUUUAUAUUUACCAUGAUGUGUAUAUGUUGUAUGCUUGUAUCUAAGUGUCAUAUGUGGUGUUUCUCUUGUGUCCUACUUAUAGGUGGCUCCAUGCUGGUCUCAGCUGUUUGCUGUUUUUUCCUGUUUUUUGGGAACAGCGAGUCUGCAAUGAUUGGUUGGCAAUGCCUCUUUUCUGGCACCAGUAUAGCAGCAUGGAAUGCUUUGGAUGUUAUCACUGUCGAACUUUACCCUACAAAUAAAAGGUAUUACCAGUAAAUUAACUAAUGAUCAAUUUUUUUAUGUAUUUAUAUGACAAUACAUUUAGGGCACAUUUAGGUUUUGAGCAAAAAGACACAAUUAUUCUUUUUUAUGAUACUUAACAUAGUCAAUCAAAGAAUGACGAUGAGCAAGUCUUACCUUGGAUUUCAUCUUUUUCGUCUUUUACUUCUACCUUGAAGUAGAGAAUCCAAAAUUUAACAAUAUUUUAAUUAUUCUUUUACAGAGCAACAGCAUUUGGAAUCCUGAAUGGCAUUUGCAAGCUUGCCGCCAUCUUUGGAAACUCGAUCUUUGCUUCUUUUGUUGGCAUCACAAAAGUUGUUCCCAUUCUCUUGGCAUCUACUGCCCUUGUAGGAGGUGGCCUUCUAUCCCUACGACUUCCAGAGACUCGUGAACUGGUCCUCAUGUGAGAAAGAAGUAUGAUUUGAAACAUGUACUGUUUGCUGAUACAUUAUCAUGAAAGACAUAGAAUUUGAAGAUGAUGUCUUGGUGCAAAAGGACAAUCGAUAUCCUCUGGUCAAAGCCAAUCAAACAACACAAACAAACUAAAAAAAAUAUUAUUACAGUGUUUAAAAAAAAAGAAAGGUUUGUGAGAAUGAGGUUUAGCCAGUACAAUUUUAUUAUUUGACAAACGAUAACAUAAAUGGAAUAUCAUGUUAUUCAAACAGUUUAUCUGCAGAAGGCUCAACAAAACAUUGACAUUCUGACAUAGUUUACAUUUAAAACAAAUCAAUCAACUUUCUGGAUGUAAUCUACACAGAAUAAAUAACAGCUUUAGAAAUUUACACCUGAAAUUACACAGGUAAAUAUAUUAAACAGGGUUGUUUACUAAAAUGAGAAUUAGUGAUGUCCCGAAGUUCAAUGAUGAGUCCGCGGUGAACCGUUCGUGGCGAACCGUUCGGCGAACAGUUCGGGACAUCACUAAUGAUAAUGCAAAGUGAAUUUCUUAAGGUCAAAAUUUAAAACUAAAUACGCUUUCAGUUGAGCUACUCUCAUUUUAAAUUUGAAAUUCACUUUGAAUUCUCACUUUAAUAAAUAACCCACUAAAUCUAUUUUUUUCUUUUAUCCAUUUAUUUUGGACAAGAAAUGUUCCUUUUUAAUUAUAAGCUUUUUGGUAAAAAAAAUACUUUGUCCUCAAUGUUAAAUAUACUAAUGGAAAAAUAGCACAAUAAUUUGCUAAGCACGGUCCAUACACUAAAUAGCGAAUUAUGGAGAACUGAAAAAUGUUUUGGAAAAUUUAGGCACUAUUGGAACAGCGGAAACAUGUCCUAUCUUUUUGUGCAUCUUUUCCCAACUUGGGCUCUUGUUUUAAUAUUGUUAGAUAAGCUUGCCAAAUUAUUUAAUAUUUUAAGAUAACG